AUGUCCUCGGAUGUUGGUAAGUAUGCAAGACAAAAAGACAAUACAGAAGGUAUAUAGUGUAGUUUCUCAGAUGUGAGUAGAAGAUUAAAAAGGGGAUUACAGUGUAUACUGCUAUUAGUUAGCUCUAUUUCUGGGUGCCUGGGCAAUGCAAUCCUCGCCUAAGAAUGUAUAGUAUAUGUCUGGGUCCAGUGUCCACCAUAGUGUUGUAUAAUUGGUGUAGGAGGUAGGAUAAAUAUGAAUAUGGACGCACUUAGUGUAAUAUAACAGGUAUGAAAUAGAUUGGAGAGGUACAUACUGGUGUAAAGCAAAAUAUUAGUUUUGUUCAAUCCUCAGGGUAUAGGGUAUAGCAAGGAAGUUGUACAAAUUCCAAGAGAAAAGUCAGAAUUGGGUGCCUACUAUGCCUAAUGGAACACCAGCCCUGCCUGUUAUAAUCCUAAAUACAGAUAUUCAUAGUAAGUUUUCAACUGAAUUAUAGAAAUGCAUGUCAUCAACUACAGCAAGCCUCUCAACUGUCCCGACUUCAGUGGGAGAGUACUGAUUUGUGGGUUUUGUUCCUCUGUCCCAAUCAGGGAAUUUACCCCAACAAGCAUAGUGCGAGCACAUGAUUAGAUGAGCUUGCACUAUAUUCAGGGCACCGGGAACCUGCAAAGAGGCCUCAGACAGUGAUUCCAGUAGGGUUUGCCCUCUGGGGGCUGACCUUAAAUUAUUGGCAAACAGCCUGUUGUGAAUUCAUGCCAGGCUGACCUGCCAGUAAUUUGGAUGGACCUGCCAUUUUCCUGGUGGGCCUGUUCUCUUUGGGUUGAACCAAUGACAUGAUUGUUUUACUGGCACAGCCCUCACAUAAGAACAAGAAUCGGCAUGCUGGAUUUGCAAGGUUUGACUUCAUUACAAAUAUCCAUAUGCUUUGAAACAAGUACAUUAUCCUGCAUGUUCUGCAUACAUUUUGAAAAAGAUCCACAAAAUAUCUCUUACAUGGUUUCUUUUCUUUUUUUUUUUUUUAAACAUAAAGGUUCCUUCAAUACAUUUUGACUUUCUGCUUUAAAACAAAGCGGCUAUUGAAGUUGUGGUAAAAAAGAGUCUUAAUAAAAGGUGUUAAUAUCUUCAUCGUGGCAUGUACAGCUCACAACUUUCAAAAGCUAUCAGUUUGGAAUGUACUCAAGGGUAUGCUUGUAAUUAAUCAAUCCUUCUAUUAGAAAAAGCAAAAUAUCUUAACAGAUAAUUGGCUUAAACAAGUAAACCUGGGGUAUAAAUACAAGUAAAAUUUACCAUGACGCUGGAAUCUAUUCGUUUCAAAAUGAAGACGCUGCUGAUUUUAAGUUUUAUUGUAGACUGCUUAGCAUCUCAUCUCCAUCGAAAAUUACCUGUCAGGUAUGUACUAACAGAAAUAUUCAUCUGUAAAGUAAAAAUACAGGCUUUUCAUUUGUCAGAAAUCAGAUUCAUAUAGAAAUUAUACAUUAUUUAAAAUUCCAAUUAAUGGAAUUGCCAGGCGCAAAGAAACACUCCAAGCACCAUAACCAUUACAGCCUUCUGUAUUCAUUAAUCAAUGAAGAAAAUGUAAUUCUAGAGGUAUGUUUGUGCACAAGCCAUUUUUUUUUUGUUGGACAUAAAGUUGUUUGAUUUAGUGGAUCCACUGGGUUGUUUCAGCAGCCAAUUAUAGCUAGAAUUCUGGAAGUAGAGAUUGUGGUUACUAGAAAGAUAAAAUACUUUCCCCUGAAUGCAGUGUUGCCUCGUUGGCUUCCAAUCAGCCUUCUGGAAUACUUUCUUUGUGGAUGGCCAUAUCCAUUAAGUUAAAUUUUUGCAUCUGGUGUUUGCACUAACAGCACACACAGUGGGCUAAUCCCAGUCACCUUGGACAAGGCUGCUCAUUGCUGGGUGAGUUAUACACACAUGGGUUUUUUACUAAUGCGAGUAUUCAAUUGUAUUUCACAUUUAAGAUCAAGGUAGCUGAACCAAAAUGCACAGCUAGGUUUGAGAAUUUUCCAGUUUGAGCUUCUAUGGCCUGCUACCUGGCUUAUAGAAUUUUUCUAGUUUGGCUAUUUUGACCUCUUCUACUGCCUGCUCACUUGCUUAUAGAAUUUUUCCAGGUCAGCUAUAUUUGAUAUCUUCUGCUGCCUGCUACCCAGCUCUUGACAUUUUUUUCUCUCUAGCCUCUAGCUCCUUAGACCUUAGAAAGAUAAAUUCAGAAAAAACAAAUAUUAGUCGGUUUAUGGUUUUUGCCAGAGGAAAUAAGAAAACUCACAAGCCACCCUGUUGGGAAUUUAUGUUCCAAGUGUUUCCCUGUCCCCACUUAACUACAGCUCCCAUCAAAUAUCCAAUUAAGUACAAGUGUGCCUUCCCCUGCUCAAUUACAGCUUCUAUCAUAAUCAAUCAGUGAAAUCCAGGCUGGGGCUGAGUGAAGGGAGAGGGCUGCUAGUUUGGAUACCUAAAAAUUUAUAUUUAAGAAUAGUACUUGAACUAAUAACCCUAACUUAUGAUUUUUUUCCUUUAUAUACAAAUGCCUACAUUUUUAGCCACCUUUCUUUAUAAACUGGACUGAAGAUUUGUUCCCUGUAUUUUAUUGGGAAAUUCCCAGCACUUACUUGGAAGCAAAUUCUGGACAAAAAAAGGUGCUGGAUCUUAAUUUUGUUUAGUGGCCACUUCUGCAGGUAAUAAAAUAUUUGUGUGAAUUUUAAGAAAGGCAUAUUUUUUUGUAACAAUUAAUUACAUGCAUUAAAAACAUCUAUGGCCAUUUUUGAAUAUACAUACUUUCAGAUUUACCUAUAAAUUUUACAGGGAUAAAAAUGUGAUCUCGUCCAGUGUUAACUAUCAUUAGCAAUUAACCAGAAAGCAGCCUGGUUUCACUGCUAGGGUUUUAUUAAACUGUUCGUAACUCUAUACUUUAUGCUUGCAAGUGUAUAGAUUUUAAUAUAAAAUAUUUUUUUUUAAAUGCCCCCUCUGUCAUUUGUCAAUCAAUUCUCUGCACAGAUGUUUAUUCCAAGAAAGUUACAGGUGGUUCUCCUGCUAUCUGUCAGAGUGCAGCUCUCUAGACAAGCCCAUCUGACACUUGCUGUAGGAUUAUAAGAUCUAAGUGACCAAUAUCACUCAAUUAUGAUGGUGAUAUAUAGCAGGGCCAAUCUCUGUACAGAGGUGUAGUAGCAAGACUGGACCACAGGUUGGGUGUUAUAAAAAUGUGGGACGUCUGACAAUGACGAUGCUGGCACACUGGACAGAUAGUAAGUCAAAUCAUAAUAGUUCGUAAGACCAUUUAACAUAUGAUUUAGCUUUAUUAGAAAUUAUCUGCAGUAUUCACGAAAUUGUGAAUUGUCCAGAAUUUAAAGUGAAUUCAAAGUGAAUUUCAAAUUGUAAACCAAAAUACCCAAACUGAAGGCAGAGCUGAGAAAGAGAAUUUUCUAGCUCGACUAUAAUGGCUUAAAAUUUAAAAUUCACAUUGAAUUUCCUUUGAAUUUCCUAGUAGUCACAUUCAGGUAAAUAAUCUUUUUUAUAUUUCUUGCUUAAAGGACCACUAUAGUGACAGGAAAACAUACUCGUUUUCCUGGCACUAUAGGGUCUCUAGGCCCCCCCCCCAACCCUUAGGGUCCCCCUCCCGUCAGGCUCUAGGUUGAGGAAGGGGUUAAACACUUACCUUUUCUCCACCGCCGGGCUCCCUCAGUGGUGGGGACUCUCUGCCUCCUUUCCCCGUCAUCGGCUGAAUGUGCAUGCGCGGCAAGAGCCACGUGCGCAUUCAGCCAGUCCACAGGAAAGCAUUUUCAAUGCUUUACUAUGGACACUGGCGUCUUCUCACUGUGAAAAUCACAGUGAGAAGCUCGGAAGCGCCUCUAGUGGCUGUCAAUAAAACAGCCACUAGAGGCUGGAUUAACCCAUAGGUAAACAUAGCAGUUUCUCUGAAACUGCUAUAUUUACAGCAGAAAGGGUUAAUCCUAGAUGGACCUGGCACCCAGACCACUUCAUUAAGCUGAAGUGGUCUGGGUGCCUAUAGUGGUCCUUUAAGGAGCUGUUAUAGGUUUAGUUUAACCCAGGGGUAGGCAACCUACGGCACUAGUGCCACGCACGGCACUUAAGGUGUCUUUGCAUGGCACUCAAGGCUGCUACAGCCAAACAGGCUCUGACCUAUCAGGAGUCCCAGUGAAACUUCAGAUAUCUGCUAAUACGAAAAGGUGUUGUUAUAGGUUUAGUUUAACCCAGGGGUAGGCAACCUACGGCACUAGUGCCACGCACGGCACUUAAGGUGUCUUUGCAUGGCACUCAAGGCUGCUACAGCCAAACAGGCUCUGACCUAUCAGGAGUCCCAGUGAAACUUCAGAUAUCUGCUAAUACGAAAAGGUGGUGAAGGACAAUCCUCAAUAUGUGCAUUGCAGAUCACUUCCUCCCAUCACUUGUGAAUGGGAAUCCACACUGUAGAGCAGCCUGUUGCAGCUCCUGUCCUUGGCCUGUACCUGGCCAGCAUGGUCCCCAUUGGAACCCAGGGAAGCCAAGCACACUGCUAGAUUUACACAGAAAUGCACAAUAACCCUCCCCUCAUACAAAUAAUACGAACAGCCCACAAGCAAACAUACAUACAGUCCGCACAAACGUAAUCCGCUCACAAUCCACAUACAUGCACACAACCCCACAUGCAGUCUCCCACAUGCAAUACUCCAAACAGCCUCCACACAUACACACACUACCAAACACACAAUGUGACAUAUCCAUCCACACACACAAUUCCACAAGCAGCCCCCAUACAGAGCCCAAAUUCAUAUGUAUCAUACACGAUACCAUAAACUACUCCUGAACAUAUACAAUAUAAUAGCUCAUAUACACACAAAUACAACAAUACAAAGCAAUUACAGUAUAAAUAACACAAGCAGAAUACGGCAGCAUACAAACCUCAAUUUAAAAAAAAUAGGACUGGCACGCUACGGGACAUCACAAUCCUAUAUCGGCACAGUGCUGCUAAAAGGUUGCCUACCCCUGGUUUAACCUAUCAUGGCAGGUUCAUUUUAAAUAACGAGACUGGCAAGAAGCAUUACAAGUAAAGUUACAGUUAAAAAAAAAUGUCAAUGUGUUAGAACAUCAUAAGGUAAACCAGGUGUAUUAUAUUGACAGGAGAAAUCCUAAUGGUUCUAACGUGACAAUGCAGUAAAAUCCAUCUAGGUUUGGACUUUGUGCAUAAUUCUUUAUAUAAAGUGACAUCAUGCUUAAGACUUGCAUGUCAAGCUAGCGCUGAUAGAAAGCAGAUGUCAGUUUUAUAUUUUGUGAAACAUGUCAAGCAGAAAAAGAGGAAGAGAGACAGCGGUAUGCUUUGUUUAAUGCUCAUGGUAGAUAGGGUGUCAUUUUCUACACCGUAAUCAACCCUUGACAACCUUGGGGACCACAUUUAAUGGGAAGUCCAAGGGUUUAAUUAUCUAAGGCAAUGAGUUUGUCAAUUUGCAUAUAAUCAGGUGCCUUGCGGAGAACCCUUGGGGUCUGGGAUAAUUUAGAUUUCAAAUACAAACAGAGAGAAACGAGUUCCAUUGUUUGUAGUAAACAAAAAAUAAUCUUGGGCUUCAACACAGUUCAAAAUACUUAGGAUGCACUCUAAAUCCACAUGUAUUCAUGGGAAUGCAAAGGUUAAAAUACCCAAAAUUGAAAUAUAACUGACUUGCAAAAUCUUAGCUAUUUUGACCUAAAAUUUUAAAUUAAUUUUGAAUUCCUCUCAAAACAAACAUUUAAUAAAUAAUACAAGUGAAUAAUAAGAGCUUUUCAGUGAAGCUUCCCAUAUAUCCUCCCAAACAGAUCCACUAGGGUCUCUAUUAUAAAAAGCAUUGUGUAAUCUGAUUUCUAUGUUAGAUGAUACAUUUAUAUAUAUAUAUAUAUAUAUAUAUAUAUAAUAUUUUACCAGGAAUGAUACAUUGAGAUUUAUCGUGUUUUCAAGUAUGUCCUGGGCGCACACACAUUCCAUUGUUACAAUAGGGUACAGUAUAAUAUUAACAAUGCAAGGUAACAUUAAAAUACACAUACAUUUAGCAUAAAACAGGUAAGAAAUAUAAUCAACCAUGAUUACAGGUCUGUACGGAGAUUUGUUGACAGAGAUCUCUUAAAUACCACUUGAAGUCUUCUAAAUACAAAAAAUGCAGCUUCCAUAUAUAUCUAGUAGUGGGGCUGCACUGCUGAGAGUGGAUCAACAUGAGCAUAUUUUAUUACUUACCUUUUAGUAUUUUCUCAUUCAUUUACACUAUAUGUGUUUUUUUGUUUCUCUGUAUGUUCUAUCAUUGAGGAUCACUACCAAGAUCUAUAUACCCAUAGGUGGGAAAGGCCCUACUAUCUAUAUAAAAACAGAGUGGUAAACCGCGCUAAAGACAUAUUGAAGAUAAAUAGAAUAUUACAAUAAUAUAUACAUACAUACAGGAUAUCCAAUGGUAUGGUGGUGUAUAUAACCCUCAAAAGAAAUAAAAUACAGAACAAUAAUAGUGCAAUAUGUCAAUAAUAAAAUAACAUAAAUGAAAUGGAUAAAAGUCAGUUGAAGGACUAACUCACACUUUCCAGAGCUACUUAGAGCUCUGCCGUAUAGCACCUGGACAGUACAAUCCCCGUCUUGGGAUAUGAGGAGCGUGGUAUAAUAUGGUAUCCAAUUUUCCUCGAUCGUCUAUGUAGAAAGAAUAAAAAAUAGAAUGCAAUAGUUUAGUAUGUACAGUACAGUGGUAAUAUAUUGAGAAAAGUAGGUAUCCUACUUACAAAUUCCUAAAUCCGUGAGUGCUGGUCACAUAGUUACAUAGUUACAUAGGUGAAAAGAGACUUGCGUCCAUCAAGUUCAGCCUUCCUCACAUUUGUUUUUUGCUGUUGAUCCAAAAGAAGGCAAAAAAAAACAGUUUGAAGCACAAUUUUGCAACAAGCUAGGAAAACAAAUUCCUUCUUGACCCCAGAAUGGCAGUCAGAUUUAUCCUUGGAUCAAGCAGUUAUUACCCUACAUUGAAAGAUUAUAUCCUUGAAUAUUCUGUUCUUGCAAGUAUGCAUCUAGUAGCCGUUUGAACAUCUGUAUGGACUCUGAUAAAACCACUUCUCAGGCAGAGAAUUCCACAUCCUGAUUGUUCUUACAGUAAAAAAACCUUUCCUUUGCCUUAGACGAAAUCUUCUUUCUUCCAGUCUAAACGCAUGGCCUCGUGUCCUAUGUAAAGUCCGGUUUGUGAAUAGAUUUCCACACAAUGGUUUGUAUUGGCCCGAAUAUAUUUGUAUAAUGUUAUCAUAUCCCCUCUCAGGCGACGUUUUUCUAAACUAAAUAGGUUUAAAUUUGUUAACCUUUCUUCAUAGCUGAUAUGUUCCAUUCCUUUUAUUAAUUUUGUAGCCCGCCUCUGCACUUUUUCUAGUGCCAUAAUAUCCUUCUUUAGAACAGGUGCCCAAAAUUGCACAGCAUAUUCAAUACCAGUGAUUUAUAAAGAGGCAAAAUUAUAUUCUUGUCCCGAGAAUGAAUGCCCUUUUUCAUGCAUGACAAUACCUUACUGGUCUUGGCCACUGCUGAUUGACAUUUCACAUUGUUGCAUAGUUUGUUGUCUAUAACAAUUCCCAAGUCCUUUUCAUGUGUUGUUAUCCCUAAUUCGCUUCCAUUAAGGGUAUACGUUGCUUGUGUAUUCUUUACGCCGAAGUGCAUAACUUUGCAUUUUUCAACAUUAAAUUUCAUCUGCCAUUUGAGUGCCCAGUCCCCAGUCUAUCUAAAUCCCUCUGCAGCAAAGUAAUAUCUUGCUCACAUUGUAUUGUUUUACAAAGUUUUGUGUCAUCUGCAAACACUGAAACAUGACUUUCAAUGCGGUCUUCAAGAUAAUUUAUAAACAUGUUAAAUAGAAGGGGUCCCAGAACAGACCCCUGAGGGACACCACUUGCCACCUCUGUCCAGCUUGAAAAUUUACCAUUAAUGACAACUCUUUGGUAUAAGGAUAUAUAUAUAUAUAUAUAUAUAUAUAAUUAUUUUAUUUUAAACAUACUAAUUGGCAGCACUCAGAGGACUUCCAAAAAAGAGUCUUACCAAUGAAUGUCCAAAAAUCUAUGUUUCCACCUUAUAGGGUAAUUAUCAAGACCUAUCGAUUUUUGGACAUGUAUUAGUAAAGACUCUUUUGCAGGUCCUCAGAGUGCAGUCAGUUAUGUUUAUUUAUAUUUGCGUGGGUUAGCACCUACGCAUAUUGCAGUUUUUUUAUACUUUUUGUUAAGUGCUGGAGUUUUGUAUAUUAAUAUGUAUUUGGUACAGAGUAUUGUGGCAUGAUGUAUAUGUCUCUUUACAUUACAGUUACCAUAUUUGGCCUUUUAUCUCGGACUUCUAUAUGUAAUUGAUCAUGACCAGUGGUCAUUGUUACAUUGUUACACUUUUCAAUAAAAAUCUAAAAAAAAAAAAAAAGCUUUUCAAUUAACUUUUCUACUGUGCUAAGACUCCGUUGGUGCUGCUAUACAUGACAUCAUCUGUCUCUCUCGCAGAAGGUCCAAUUCAAAGCUCCUCAUAGAGGAGUAUUAGGGACUGAUGCGCAACAAUUAAAAGUAUGUAUAACCUUGCAAAGUAAAUAUUACAGUUUCUACAAAAUAGCAAUGUUUUACAUUGCAGGGUUAAAACAACACUGUCACUGUGGAGGACAAUUGCUGCCUAUUGUGUCCCUCUAAAGACAUUAUAACAAUCAGCUAUAUGCUAAGCUACCACUGACAGAAAAAUAUCAAUUUUACAUUUUUUUUAAGUCAAUAAGACAUAGGGGAAUUGAAAGAAAAACAUAAACAAAAACAAAUGAUUAGCAGAGAGUUCAAUAUAUAUGAUGGAUUGGCUGUCAAUAUCUACAAUUUAAUCAACCUAAGACCAACAAAGUCUAUGGAAAGUCUUAGAGAUUAAUCAUCUAGAGCCAUGAUCUUGUCUGUUUGCAUAUUAUCUGUUAUCUGCAGGAGUACUCUUGAGGUAUCUGCCACUAUCUUUACAUAUUCUGGCCUUUCACAAUCUGGCAUCUGUGUGGGUGACCUCUGAUUCCACAUGGAAAUUGUAGCUCUUGAGUGAAACGUUGUCCACUCCACCUUCUACUGUAAUGAUAUCAAUAUUAUGGUAACAGCAGUCUUCACUAGUCCACCUGAUAGGAACUUAGCAAAGAUUACAUUUAACAUGGAUGCUGUACUUCACCUACCCAAAGGAUCGCGCUAACAGAUAUCAAGUUCUCUUUAACCACUUAAAAUGGCAGAGAGAGUCAUCAGGGAAUAUCUCUUAUAGAAGGAUUGCUGAAGGGGUCAGAACUACCCAGCAUAAUAGCAGCUUUCAUCUUCAAGACCUUGGGCCUACAUUUUUGUGAAAAUGAUUAGCAAUGAGUACCGCUUCUUCCUUUUUAUAAGAAAUCUGUCAGGAUACAGAUUUAUAGGUGCUUUAAUUCAAGCCCAGCAAACCUUGAUAGAAGGGUGAUUAGGCUUUCCCCAAAGCCCUCCAGUAUUUUCUGUUUGUCUCCAAAUUAAUUGGGGAAUGUGAGGGUAGUCCAGUUACAUUUACUAUGCUUUGGUAGUUAGAUAAUAGCCAAGGGAAGGUUUUAAUAAAACUUUGAACAUACAUUUUAAACCAUUCAUGUAAAAUCAAGUAAUAGUGGCUAUCAAUUUAUUAGUAUCCCUGCAAAAGAGCUCACGAGUCACGAUGGCUGACAUACCCACGGGACAAGACAUGUUAAUGGUUAAUAAAUUGGUGUCAGCAAAGAAAUCAUUUAACAAGUUUCAUACAUUCAAGUCAGCAUACCUGAAUAGAUAAUGAGAUCAAUGUUUAAUGUUACCCAUAACUUCAGCAUGACAAAUGGAUGUUACAGCAAGCACAUUAUUUAUAUUGCUGGAUUCUUAAGUAUUUCAUUUAUACCUGCGCUCACGGCCUUGUCAUUUCUUUUCAACACUUAAAAGGAUUCUAGAGGUAACAAUUUUAAUGAUCAUGCAUGCUAUUAUUUCCGUUAUUCAGAGUAAUUUUAUAAAUCAUAUUUUUUGUGAAUUUUAGUUUUAGUGUGUGAGGACAUUUAGUCUUAUAGAAAAAAAAAAAUAUAUAUAUAUAUAUAUAUAUUUUGUGUGCUUGUUUAUCUUUUCUUUAACUCCUAAAAAACCUAUCUCUGCAACCAGCAAUACAAGAUUUACAUCACAUUGCAUGUAUUUUUCAGAGCAUGCAUUGCUUCAAAAGGUUAUUUUUUUCUGAAAUACCUAAAUUAAAUAUUAACCAGCAGCCUAAAUGUCUCUCAAAUUUAUUGUAAUAAAAAAGGACUAUUCUAAAGGACCUUCUGUCUCGAGUGUGCAUCCUAAAUCAAAACUAUCUGACUGCAAAUUGUUACCGAACAUCUUCUUAGCAUGGUAUUAAUCAGUUGCUAUAAAUUUCUUCAUUAGAAUUGUCAAAAGAGCCAGUGGCAUCUUUAAUCAGUUGCCAAGCAAUUAGUUGAAUUCAGUAUCACUACCUGCAUCUAAUUGAAUUUAUUGUUAUUUUGUCAAGAUAAAUAGCAUUUUGAAAGUCAUCUAGGCUCCUUGGCUAAUUCAUCAUUGUUAUACUAAGGAAUAGACUCAAGUAUAAACAGAUUAAUUUUUUUAGGCAGUGAAAAAUUGAGGUGCCAGAGGAGACUGUGGCACCAGGAAUUCUCAAGGAUCCUGUCAGCUUUUGGUGAAAUGCGUAAAGUGAGAUCUGGGAAUUAAUGUGUUAUUCGGCCACAGAGAAGUCUUCUUUGAACCCUUUGUGUAUGUUGAUGUUUGAUGCUUUGAACAUUCAUCUGGCAAUCAGUAUUAAUUCUAUUCUUUUUAUCUCUUCAGCACUUCUUCUUACUUCUUCCUUUAAAGGGACACAGUUAUCUAUACAGUAUGUUCUUUAAGAUAUGCUAAGUGCUUUCUGAACUGCAAGCAAAUUAUAGCUAUGAAGAAAAUGUCUUAUGUUUUAUCUCAUACUGUAUAUCCUGGCCUAAUGGUUUAACAGGACUGUAAUUAUAACAUUUUAGACGAUUCACCUGUAGUUGAAUUAUCCAAGUUCUAUAGCAUCCUGGGUUAUCUCUGACUUCCCAUAUCCACCCCACACAUUGUUGUGAGGUAUGUUCACACCUCACAUGGGCACCAGUCUCAGGGGCUGAUUGACACCUUGAGUUUCAGAAUAUUUCACAGACCAUUUGGCCAGAUGAUCAAGGUUACCCAAUGGCUGACUACAUGGGUGCAGGGCCAACAUCACAGCCAAUACAUUAGUAAGGGGCCUGACCAAGAAGUGAGGCACGUGUGAGUCCCUCUGUCAGUGCCUAAGGCGCCAGCUCAGUGGGUGCGUACCAAUGGAGCGAUGGCAGCUGAAUGAACUGUCAGGAAGUCGCUGAGGAAGGAGAACUUGGUCUGUACUUCCAGGCUAAGCACUGCUCUUUCUACUGUAUGAAAGCGUUACUGUAGGUUACUACAGCAACGCUCUUAUACAGUUCCUAGCGCUGGCUGCCACCUGGAAGGAACUGUUGUAGAUGUAGACAUUCUGCAUUUCCCACUGGACCACCAGAAAACAAAAUUCCCCAUCCCUUUCCCAAGUCAAGCCUCGGGGAGGGGGAAGAAACAUAAUUUAACGUUUUGUUUAAUUAUCUGUUUAAUUCCUACCAGGCCUUUAUUAACCCACUACAUUCCCUAACCUCCCACUUCAGCUGUUAACCACCCCACUACAGGUCCUAACUCUCCACUACUGCCCUUGACUCACACUACAGGUCUUAACCCCCACUACAGUGCCUAACCUUCUACUACAGGUCCUAACUCUCCACUACUGACCAUCACCCACUCUACAGGUCCUAAUCCCCAUUACAGCGCCUAAUCCCCUACUACAGGUCCUAAUCAUCUGCUAAUGCCCCUGACCCCCACUACAGAUUCUAACCCCCUACUACAGGUCCUAGCCACCCACUACUGCUCCUGACCCCCUACAAGUUCUGAACCUCCACUACAGCCCCUAACAGCCAACUACAUAUCCUGACCUCCCUCUACUGCCCCUGACACUCAUUACAGGUCCUGACCCCUCACUUCAGCAUAUAACUCCCAACUUCAGCCCUUAUAUCCUACUACAGCCCCUAUCCCCAACUACAGCCCCUAUCCCAUCACUGCAGUCCCCAUUCCAUUACACACAGCCAGCCUUAUACAAAACACACAGAAAUCCACAACACACACCUCACACAUAGCUAAAACACUUAUGGCCACCCCACACCUACACAACACACCACACAUCCACUCAACAUUUUAAUAAACAUUCACAUAAAAUUAAAAAAUAACAGAUUUUCCCAGGCCGGGCGCCCAUGGCCGCUGCGCAGCCAUUACUCACAGACUCCAUCCAGCCCAUCAGGCUAGGUAGCACACCACAAGGGUGCAGCGUCUGUGUGUCCCCUCUGCCCUCGUGCAUCAGCAUAGAGCUACAGGGAGUUGUGCAGUUAGUGCAGAAUGUGAUCACAGCAGCAAACCAUGGAACCUCAGGAAUCAUUAUUUCAAUACAAAUCAAAUAAGUGAAUGUGUGUAUAUGGCUAUAUGUGUGCAUGAAUGUGUACAUUAAUGUGAAGUAUCUUUGGAUUAAUAUAAAUAUUGUAAAAAGGGAUGGGACAUAUGUGAUGUCAUGACAUGGGCGAAUGCAAUGGGUGGGACAAUGUGAUGUCAUAACAUGGGGGUAAAAAAUGGUGUGGGGGCGGAGAAAUUAUGCUUCAUCAUAUCCCCCUUCUCUGGCUCCGAUACAGCACUAUAAACAAACCUCUGUUUUUGUGAUUAUUUUGAAGUUUUGUGAAUUUUUUUCUUUUUCUUUUUUCUUUAAAAUACCUUUAGCACACUUGCUACUCAGUUCUAGUGAGAAUCUAAUCAGAGAAAGUUAGGUAUUUAAAGUAAGUCACUGUUUUCUAAUUUAUGUUUAUUUCAAUGGCAAGAAAGCUAUAAGAAAUCUCACCUCGCUCAGGUGGGAGAAGAAGUAUUUUCCCCGAGAAGUGGUGAUGUAAAAUUUCAGGCUGUGGGUUUAUCAGAAAUAUUGACUUUUUUCUACUUAAUGAAUUUAGUGUGAAUGUCAUUUUCAGUAAAGCAAAACAAAAAGUAUGCCAUGAAACAUCAUAUUUCCAUCAUUGCAUAGAUCUCCAAGAAGGCUAUAAGGGGACUUAUUGACUAGACAGCUAAUACAACUUAAACUCCUUAUUUCUCUUCUCAUUUUAUACUCUAUAUAUCAUGUAAAAGAAGAUAAAUAUUUUAUUGCCAACUCCCCUCUGGCAUUGUAUGUGCCGUUGAGAUCAUUUUGGAUAUAUCUGUAAAUACUUGUGUGGCGGCCACUGCAAUGGGAAGAGGGGUUCUGCCACCAGAGAUGUUCUUUUCCGCCUAGUGGGAGGGAUGCUGUGAUGCAGAGCAGGAACAGCUCUUACAAGAGCUAGUGAUUUAGCACUCCAAACAAAAGAGAGGCAGCUGUUGUUGCUUUCUCCCACAAACAUGAGACAAGACUCUAGGCUGUGAAACAACUGGUUUUAAUGGAGCCACACACGGUCUUUUAUGUCACUCCCUAUGCAAGGGGCAUUCCUUUCUGGACCUAAAUGCUUGUUAGGAACUAGGGCAGCCAAGACAGGAGCAUUACUUAAAGGACCACUAUAGGCACCCAGACCACUUCAGCUUAAUGAAGUAGUCUGGGUGCCAGGUCCAUCUAGGAUUAACCCUUUCUGCUGUAAAAAUAUGGGUUAAUCCAUGUCUCAUUGACAGCCACUAGAGGCACUUCUGCGCUUUUUUACUGUGGGAGAAGGCCUGUUGCUUACCUUCUAAUAACUGACAAGCCUGGCCCCUCUCUGCCUCCCUUAACCUAUCUCCUAGCUUCACCUGACUGAUGAGAUCAGUUUGAGCAUCCCUUUCUAGUAAAUCGGGGAGGGGGAGACUCUGGGUCCUCUGUAACUGGGGCACAUACUGCGGCUAUGUCUUCCUGCCUGAGGUUUGUCUUGUCUGGUAGGGUUUAGCACCAGGACUUUCUGCCCCACCCGGAAUGUACGCUGUUGUGCACCCCUAUCGUACCAAACCUUCUGUCGCUCCUGGAGAUCGUCCUUUACCAGCCUAGCCAACUGCUCCAUGCGGUCCCUAAGCUCCAGGACAUGUGGCAUGAUGGAGGUUCUUUCGUGUUCCGUUUCCCCUUCCCAGUGUUCCCUAAUGAGAUCAAGAGGUCCGCCACCAGAGAUGUUAUUUUCCCUCUAGUGGGAGGGAUGCUGUGAUGCAAAGCAGGAACAGCUCUUACAAGGGCUAGUGAUUUAGCACUCCAAGCAAAAGAGAGACGAUGCUCUAUGCUGUGAGACAACUGGUUUUAAUGGCGCCACACACGGCCUUUUAUGUCAAUCCCCAUGCAAGGGGCACUCCCCUCUGGACCUGUGAGUAGACUACAGUAAAAACAAACACACAGUUACAUUGGCUCUCAGGUCCAGGACACUCCCAUACAGAAUAAGAUAAUCCCUCCCCUGUGCCCAGGAGAAAGCUGAGUCAUGAACUGUAUUGACUCAAUUAUCUCCAGACCCAGAUAACAUCCAUUUUAGCAGUACCCCGAAAGUAUCCUCAAAUCCCAUGGAAAUCCCACAAAGGUUACAUCCCCUGAUAGCCCCGAUCUGGGAUACCAACAUAUCCAAAGAUCACCCAGAUCAGUUCAGGGGUUCGAGAUUUCCAUGGAGGUCACAUUUUGACCGACUGCACACGAAAAGUUCAGUGAAAUAAGGCUGUGCGGUCAGUCUCUUUCGGGAAUACACAAUACAGUCAAAAUACCGAACGUAGGGGCUCGUGGGUAGGGUCAGUCUAUGUUCCUUGUUCAAGUGUGUGUUCCCACCGAACGCCGCUCUUCCCAUAUGAAUCCAGACGAACAUAUGUAGAUAUGGAAGUCCCAGCGGUACACUGUAUGUGUUCGCGACUAAAGAUGGCUGCCGCACGUGUUCGUAUACCGAAUGACGACCACUCAGCCGACUACUUAGAACGCAUGCUGUUUUAGAAGUGUUAAGGAGGUGAUAGAUGUUAAUGAAUGGCACACUCCACAAACGGGUGGUCUGGUCAUUCAGUAGUUUGUUCGAUUCGAGAAUGAAAUAAAAAUAAAACGAAGGAGAAGGCAAUGUCCCGAACCCAUAGGGGAAUGAAAUAAAGGGGUUAAAAUCCAGGCACAGGAUAAUCCGUCACAACUCUGCAAUGUCCUAAGAAGAUUAUACUUUAUGGUAGACGUAAUGUAAAUGAAUAUUCCUUUACAGCUAAAUGUUGCUGGAGGAUGUAAUACAUCUGUCACACCUCAUCAGACUCCUUACACUACACAUUCAUGUUACAUUCUUACAGCAGAGUCCCCUCAUUUCCGAAACCUGGAGUAUUCUACUUCCUUUAUUAGCACAUACUCUUAUGAUCCCCAAAUAUCUUUUACUAUCGAAUGCUUACCUUUGCCCUUUUACAAACCCUCUCUACAAUAAUAUCACAUCCAACUUUUCAUCAUACUUUUCUUUAAUUGGUCAAAUAAGAAACAGUUUCUAUCAUUUCCCCCUCUUGCCUAAAACCGUCAACUCUUUUUCUUCUUUUAAUAGAGUUAAUUUUCUCCAGCCAACAAACCUGAAAGUUCGGCAUUUAUUCUGUCUUCUCGCCUCACCACAGGGGCAGAUCCAGAACCCAAUCUCAGGAGAGGCACUGGAAAAUUAUUUUAUUUCAUAGUGAUAUUUUUCAUAUUAAACCCAGCCCCACAUCUUAAAAGUUACACCUGAUUUAUCACCCACACCUCCCCCUCCCCCUCCCCCCCCAACCAUCCCCACUGCUUGCAGCUCUGCUUUCGGCACUUUGCACUAUACUAAAACAACCCUAAUAAAUGUGACUAACACAUUAUGUCCAUAUGAUGGAACUAAUGUGUUUGCUAACAUAGGUGAUUUGAAGUAGCUUUAUACAUUUAAAAACUGUAUUUAAAUACACAUGUACAGUUGCAUGUGUACGCUGCUCCUUAGUCUAUAAAUGAAACAGAGGCAUCCCAAAAACAGCUCAAGGAAAUAACAAACAAACAGUGCACAUCAAUCCAUAUUUUCAAAUUACAGGAUAAUGUAACUCAGGUAGAGCAAAGAAAGUCCAGGGCAAUAUCCAGAGGCUGAUGUGUUUUGUUAGGGGGACUACGGGUAAUGUACAAAAGAGAGCAAAGUAGUAAAGGGCAGGCUCCCAAACCUGUGAGAGAACAGGAAAGAGAUGGGAAAGGCAGGGUAAAGAGACAGGAAAGGCAGAUACCAAAGAUUAAGAGGGACUACCUACACUCUCCACAGCCCCAGAACCUGUCUCCCCACUUUCCAGGUGACCCCUAUCUAGGAGUUCCAGCAAAGGGGCCCAAGUGACACAUACCCUUUUAAUCCAUGCUUACAUUGAGGUUUAUUUGCCAAUUUGUAAAAUAAAAAAAAAAUAUCAUCUAUGCUCCAUUUUCAUGUAGUACAUACCAGACUAGAGAUGUAUCCAAAUUAAAUUGUUAGCCCUUGUCUGUAUUUACUAAUUUUAUAAUUAUAGCGAAGAAGAUGAAUUGAGCCUCUGAUGUUCUCCAAAUCAUGGUUGGCAGGUUAUUUAUUGAAACAAGGUUCAGUGAUUUGUUAUUUAGUAAGGUUAAAGGUUAACCAUGACUAAUAAUGGUACAUGCUUAUAACAAGGUAAACAUAAGUAUCCCAAAAGAGUCAGUUGAGUCCUGAAAGAGGGCUAAGUUCCUUUCCUGUGUGACCCCAAGAGGAAUUAAAAAAAUAUCUUCUCCUCAUAAAACCUUACAAACAACACUGAAGAAAAGGGAAAGGUAGUAUCAUAGUUAAUUAGUUUAAUUGGUGGGUCUUUGAUGUGUGAAAAGAGCAACAAUAGAGCAAUGGUUUUAAAAGUAAAAAUCAGAAGUUCAGUUUUGGAAAGACCCAGUAGCAUGGAAUAUGCUUUUAGAAACAAAAUAAUGGCAUUUAGUGACUCAUUUGUGGGGUGCAUUGGGUAAAUAAGAGGUAGCUGUAUCUGAGUCAUCAGCCUACAGAUGAUACUGAAAUCCAAAGAAAUAAAGGUUUCCAAGAGAGGUGGUAUAAACAGAUAAUAGAAGAGAAACAUAGAAUGUGACGGCAGAUAAGAACCAUUCUGGGGCGCUGGGUGGGGUGCUAAAUCAGUUUUGGUGACUAUGGCAGCACCAUUCCUGUGAAAUGCAAUAUCCGAGUGUACCCGAUUCCAUUUUUUUCCAUUACAUUUAUGUGGUUUCUACCUUGUUAUCAUAGUUCUGUUUUCUUUGCCUCCCCAGUGAGGGACAUUUUGCGAGGGUUAAAUCCUGCCGCAUGCCCCUGCCUGUGCCAGGUCUCCCCAUGUAGUAGGGGCAUGUUGCCUAAACAGCGAGCAGCAGUUAUUUAUUACAAGGAGGGAGCUGAUAGCGCUUCCGGCUCUCUCUUUAAUUUGUUUUUUUGUCGAGCAUGUUAUUUCUCUGUGCUGUGGUGGGUUAAUUCCCCUGCAGCACGGAGUCUAUUAAACGAAUGAAACGAAAAGGUAAUGCAAUCACAUUUGCCCUUUUGUUUUGUUUAUAUUUAGUUUGUAGGGCUUUCGUUUACAUUUUAGUAAACAAUUACGAAAAAACUUGGAUGUUUGGAUGAAAUCGUAUUCGUACAAAAACGAAUGCACAUGUCUAUUUAUUAAGAUGAAAUACAUUCAUAUGUUAGAAUGCACUGUAACCGUUGUAGGGACCCAACAUGUUGUCCCUCAAUACAUUCAGGGUGUGAAUGUUUUAUUAAUUAUAUCUCUGUAGUAAGUAUCCAACAGAAUACAAUUGUGAUCACAUGAUUUAUGCUUUUUAAAUAGUACUGUAUGCAGUGGUCUCAAAUCUCUGUUUAAAAGUAGAUUCACUGUAUUGUCCUGCAAAGAGUUUGCCUGCAGCUCAUCCAUGUCUAAUUUAUGCGUUGUAUCCACAUGAUACACUAAUAACUGAUCUAAAAUGAAUCAGAAUUCAUAUUAACACACAUGGCUUAUGAUUUCAUAUCUGCAUUAUUUAAAUACCAGCCGUGACAUUUUAAUAUCCAUUAAACGCUGCUUUGCCAGUUGUUAUCAUUAGCUGGCUGUUUUAAAGGGUAUUCCAACACUGCACUUACACAUACAUACACACACACACACACACAUUAUAUAUAUAUAUAUAUAUAUAUAUAUAUAUAUAUAUAUAUAUAUAUAUAUAUAUAUAUAUAUAUAUAUAUAUCAAACCUUUUACUCACCACUAGCGAUUGUCUAGUGAAAAUUUGUCCAUGGUGGCUACAAAUCCACUCCUGGUGAAUAUGCAGUGGCUUGCAGUGUUGAGUAACUUUUAGGUCCUUGCACUACUGCUUAAAAUGCCAUAUAUUUUCCCAGGUACUAGUCUUUGGCAUCCAAUACAUAAAAUAUACAAGAAACUGACUGCACUCAUGUUUAUUUUAUUUUUUUAUAAAUAUCCAGAAAAAUAAUUAUUGUUCCAUGUUCCAAUAAUUCACAUUACUGUGUGGUAAGAAGUAAAAUGGUACAGGUCGACAUUUCAGUCCCACUUGGGGACUUACCUCAGGAUUACAUAACUAGUUUGUGUGAUUUAUUGGAACAUGGAACAAUAAAGGAUUUUCUGAAUAUAGAAGAAACUGUGAGUGCAAUCAGAUUUUUGUAUAUACUGAUGAGCCACAACAUUAAAAUCUCAGACAGGUGAAGUGACUUUGACAAGGGCCAAAUAGUGAUGGCUAGAUGAUUGGGUCAGAACAUUUCCAAAACAGCAAGUAUUUUGUGGUGUUCCCAGUAUGCAGCAAUUAGUACCUAAUGAAAGUAGGGCAAGGAAUGACAACUGGUGAUCUGGCACCGAGGUCAUGGGCGCUCAUGGGGAGUGAAGACUAGCCAGUCUGGUCUAAUUACACAGAAAAACUACUGUAGUUCAAAUUGUUGAAAAACUUGUCAUGUUGGCCAUGAUAGAAAGAUGAACUGCUAAGGGAAUAAAAAAAAAAAGAUAGAGGAAAAACAUAUAUAGGCGCUAUAAUAUAAAUUAAUAGGCAGCAGUAAAUCUAGAAGGAUUCCCAAACCUUGUGUAGCUUUCCAAAAUUGUGAAAAAUCAACAAGUGAUAAACUGUGCCAAAUAAAACUGAUAUAACUAAAAAUCCCAUUGAUGAAGUUAAUAUUUGCAAUGACCCAGUGGUAUAGCAUAUAUAUAUGUGUAUACGUACUCUCCCUGGAGUAAGAAACUUUUCGAAUAAAAAAAAAAACCUCAAAAAGGGAACAAAAAUAUAGUUACAUAUAGUUACAUGGUUACAUAGCUGAAAAGAGACUUGCGUCCAUCAAGUUCAGCCUUCCUCACAUUUGUUUUUUACUGUUGAUCCAAAAGAAGGCAAAAAACCCCAGUUUGAAGCACAAUUUUGCAACAAGCUAGGAAAACAAAUUCCUUCUUGACCCCAGAAUGGCAGUCAGAUUUAUCCUUGGAUCAAGCAGUUAUUACCCUACAUUGAAAGAUUAUAUCCUUGAAUAUUCUGUUUUUGCAAGUGUGCAUCUAGUAGCUGUUUGAACAUCUGUAUGGACUCUGAUAAAGCCACUUCUUCAGGCAGAGAAUUCCACAUCCUGAUUGUUAUUACAGUAAAAAAACCUUUCCUUUGCCUUAGACGAAAUCUUCUUUCUUCCAGUCUAAACGCAUGGCCUUGUGUUCUCUGUAAAGUCUGGUUUGUGAAUAGAUUUCCACACAAUGGUUUGUGUUGGCCCUGAAUAUAUUUGUCUAAUGUUAUCAUAUCCCCUCUCAGGCGACGUUUUUCUAAACUAAAUAGGUUUAAAUUUGUUAACAUUUCUUCAUAGGUGAUAUGUUCCAUUCCUUUUAUUAAUUUUGUAGCCCGCCUCUGCACUUUUUCUAGUGCCAUAAUGUCCUUCUUUAGAACAGGUGCCCAAAAUUGCACAGCAUAUUCAAUAUGGGAUCUUACCAGUGAUUUAUAAAGAGGCAAAAUGAUAUUCUCGUCCCAAGAAUGAAUGCCCUUUUUCAUGCAUGACAAUACCUUACUGGCCUUGGCCACUGCUGAUUGACAUUGCACAUUGUUGCAUAGUUUGUUGUCUAUAACAAUUCCCAAGUCCUUUUCAUGUGUUGUUAUCCCUAAUUCGCUUCCAUUAAGGGUAUACGUUGCUUGUGUAUUCUUUACGCCGAAGUGCAUAACUUUGCAUUUUUCAACAUUAAAUUUCAUCUGCCAUUUGAGUGCCCAGUCCCCCAGUCUAUAUAAAUCCCUCUGCAGCAAAUUAAUAUCUUGCUCACAUUGUAUUGUUUUACAAAGUUUUGUGUCAUCUGCAAACACUGAAACAUGACUUUCAAUGCGGUCUUCAAGAUCAUUUAUAAACAUGUUAAAUAGAAGGGGUCCCAGAACAGACCCCUGAGGGACACCACUUGCCACCUCUGUCCAGCUUGAAAAUUUACCAUUAAUGACAACUCUUUGUACUCUGUUUUUAAGCCAAUGUUCUACCCAAGAACAAGCAUUUUCAUCUAGACCGAUUUCCUUGAGUUUGAACACUAAUCUAUUGUGUGGAACUGUAUCAAAUGCCUUGGCAAAAUCCAAAUAGAUCACAUCCAUGGCAACACCCUGAUCUAUACUUCUACUUACUUCUUCGUAGAACGCAAUCAAGUUAGUUUGACAUGACCUGUGCUUCAUAAAACCGUGCAGAUUUUUUGCUGAUAACCAUGUUCUUCUCAAGGAAUUCUUGAAUAUUAUCCCUUAAUAACCUUUCAAAUAUUUUACCAGCCACAGAAGUUAAGCUCACAUGUCUAUAAUUUCCAGGCAAGAAUUUUGAACCCUUUUUGAAUAUAGGAACCACAUCUGCCUUCCUCCAUUCCUCUGGAACACUUCCUGAAAGAAAAUAAUUAUUAUUUCUACACUUAGUUCCUUAAGUACACGUGGAUGGAUACCUUCAGGCCCUGGAGCUUUGUUUAUAUUAACUUUCUUUAGUUGCUGCAGCAUCUUGUCUUGAGUUAACCAAUUACAAUUAUUCUGCAAGUUUUUAGUAGCAAUCAUUUGCACAUCUAUUGCCAUUGGUUCUUCCUUAAUAUACGGAGGAGAAAUAGUUAUUUAAAAUUCCUGCCUUUUCCUGGUCUUCAUUAACUAACACCCCCGUUUCAGUAUUUAGUGUACCUGCACUUUCAUUUUUGGGUUUUUAGAAUUUAUGUACUUUAAAAAUGCUUUGGGGUUGGUUUUGCUCUCUUUAGCUAUCAUUUUUUUCAUUUUGAAGUUUAGCAAGUCUAAUUGCCUUUUUACACGCAUUAUUUGCUUCCUUAUAUCUUUUAUAAGAUGCAUCCGAUUUGUCCGAUUUAAAUGCUUUAAAUGCCCUUUUCCUAUUUUUAAUCUCUUGUUUUACUUCUCUACUAAGCCACAUUGGUUUUAUUUGUUUCUUUUAUAUUUAUUUCCCAAUGGUACAUACUGAGAAAUGUACCUUUCUAAUAUUUGUUGGAAGAUGAUCCAUUUAUCCUCAGUGUUCUUUUCACUAAUGCCAGUGAAUAUAUUGUAAAGCUUCCCUUAACUUAUUGAAAUUGGCCUUUUUAAAAUUAUAUGUUUUAGUAUACCCCAUGUGCUUUAGUUUUUUUGAAUUUAUUUCAAAGGACACUAUAUUGUGAUCACUAUUUCCCAAGUGCUCACCUACUUGAAUGUUGGUCAAAAGAUCAACGUUGCUUGUUAAAACCAGGUCCAGACAAGCGUCCAUUCUAGUUGGUGCUUGUACAAGUUGUGCCAUUAAGGUGUCAUUUAACAAAAACCUAAUUCUCUUUGCUGAGCUACUAGUCCCUUUGUCCCAAUUUAUGUCCGGGUAAUUAAAAUCUCCAAUAAUUAAAGUGUUACCCAUAUCUGCAGCUUUCUCAAUUUGCUCAAACAGCUGUUGGUCCUCGUCAAUAUUAACAUUAGGUGGUUUAUUACAUAUCACAACCAAUAGUUGGUUUCCCUUUUCCCCAAAGCAGAUAUUUACCCAUAAAGCUUCCACAUUUUCCUCAUCGUAUUCCACUUGCUUAAGAUUUGGCUUUAAAUCAUGGUUGACAGACAAUGUCUUAUUAACUGUACAUAUAGUCAGAUAUAUAGAAAACGAACUCACACCCUCAUGAGGUACUAAAAGCUCUGCUGUAUUUCUAAAAUUAUAUAUAAAGAUGAGACAUAUCUAUUACCAGAGAAGAUUGGGAUGGCCGUUAAUGAUUAUUAUCAUCAGUUAUAUAAUUUGCCUUGUAACCAAACAGACCCUAGGGACUUCUUUAGAAAUAAGAACAUCCUGAAGAUCUCGAAGAAACAACUAAAUGAACUAAAUGCCCCAAAUACUUUACAAGAAAUAUAUACACGGAUAGAAUUACUGAAACCUAACAAAGCACCAGAGCCAGACUGGUUUACGGGAAUUUUCUAUAAACUAUUUAAAACUGAAAUGUCACCCUGUUUGAGGACUACUUUUAAUUAAUUUAUACCUAAAGCUAAAAUCCCAGAAGAGUGGCUUAGGGCAAUAUCAUCCCAAUAUUAAAAUCUGGAAAGAACCCAAAGAGAGUAGAUAGCUAUCGCCCAAUCUCUCUAUUAAAUGAAAAUAUUAAGCUUUAUGCAGGAAUACUGGCAGAUAAAUUGAAGAGGGUUAUUGGCCAUCUAGUACAUAAAGACCAGGUGGGGUUUAUCCCAGGAUGACUUUUGACUAACCAUGCAAGAAAUAUGAUUGGGAUAUUGGAACAGGCUAGAAAUUAGUGCAUACCCAUGUUGACCCUGUCAUUGGAUGCAGAGAAGGCCUUUGACAGGGUCAACUGGGCCUUUCUGAGGGAAUACUGGACAUCUUUUGGAUUCUCCGGAGGUAUACUUGGAGCUAUUAUGGCACUAUACAGAGGCCCACAAGGUAGAAUUGUGGGUCCUGGUAUUAAAUCCAAUUGGUUUGGGAUCACAAAUGGCACUCGCCAGGGCUGCCUGUUAUCACCAAUGUUAUAUAUUCUUUUUUCAAUUAAAUCUCUGGCAGCAGAAAUUAGAUCUAACCAGGCCAUUAUAGGCUUUGGAAAUGACUUCACCCAAAAAAUUAAGUUACAUGCCAAUGAUGUAUUGAUAACCAUUCAGAAGACGGGAGUCUAUUGAAUAUGUUAUGGAUAUUAUUCAAGAAUAUAGCCAAUUCUCCAAUUAUAAAAUAAAUACAGACAAAUCCAUGGCAUUAUAUCAAAAUAUAUCCCAAACUAAUAUUAACAAAAUAGAAUAUAAAUAUGGAUUCAAACAAGUCAAUAGUUAUUUUAACUACUUAAGCAUAAAAAUUUCAAAAAACCCAAGGAAAUGGUUGGAACUCAAUAUAUUACCGCUAAUUAAAGAAACUAAUAUAAAUUUUAAAAAAUGGAAAUCCAUGGAAAUUUCAUGGUCGGGGAAAAUAAAUACCCUGAAAGCAUAUAUUGUACCGAAAUUUUCAUAUAUUAUGAGAAUGAUCCCUUUAAAGAUCCCAGAUAGUUGGCUGGAUUUAAUACAAUUAUCAUUUAAUACACUUAUCUGGUCAGGUAAAAAAAUUCAGAAUCAAAAGAGAAAUAAUGUCAAGGAAAAAAGAUCAGGGAGGUAUGAGUAUUCCAAUUAUCCAAAAUAUAGCAUAAGCUAAUUUACUAGCACGCUCUAUAGUUGUAAAUAAGGAAGACUCUAGGAAUGAAAACUGGUAUAUAAUAGAACAGAUUUUAACCAUGGGUAAUAAAGAUUAUAAGACCCUCUUAUCGUCAAUAGAUAAAGAAACUAACCUUCGUAUCCAUGUGGCAAAAACGGAGAUAACUACCUUCCAAAGAUCGAGGGGAGUGCUGCUCUGUGGUCUUCUGCCAUGAUGCCUGGUUUGUGCGACAUGUCAGUGAACGCCAGCAGCUGAGGACCCACGAUAUUAUAUAGCCCCACGUCCAUCUACGGUAAAGAUGACGUCGACGUGUGGGUGACGCCCUGCAAAAGACGCACAUGCACAUUUUGGGGUCAAGGGCUAGGUACAGCCAAUCGGAUCUGCAAGAGGGUUAUUUAAACUCACUUAUUCCUCGGCUCAAUGCCCUGUUGUGGUUUCCCUCAGAUGCUUAUCCAAGAGGGUGUUCCUGAUCGUGUUUUUCUGGUUUUUGACUUUGGUUUCAUUUUAACUUCCCUGAUUUCUGGUAUACUUGACUUUUGUCUUUUCCUUAUCGCUGUGUCUUGUUCUGUGUCCCUGACCUCUGCUAGUUUUCUGACUAUUCUUGGGUAUGUUAAGUCCGGCCAGUUCUAGAUUGUUAAACUAUUCUGUGUGCUGGAUCAAUAUAAUCCUGACACCAUCAUAUUAAAAUUUCAAAAUCAUUAAUAAUUCAACAAUUUUUUCCAGUUUGGCUUCUAUUUAAAAAAAAAAAAAAUUGGUAUUAAAAAGAAAAUAAUCCCAGGUACAAGUCUAAAUAUAUUAUCAAAUCUAAUGAUAGAUACAAACCUGGAACUCUGGACCCAUAUGGGUAUGGAAAAAAUAUCCAACUUUUUGAGGGGAAACAACUUUAAAUCUUUUGAACAACUACAAUUUGAAUACAGUUUAUCAUUUACUGAAUGGUUUAAUUAUAUAAGAAUAAUAUGUUUUUUGAAAACUCACUUGAGAUUCAAUCCUCUGGAACCCCCAGUUAAGAUCUUGACAGAAAUGCUUGAACAAGCAGAUUAUACGCAUUAAGUUAACAAAUGCCAAGAAGUAGUCUAUAAAGCUCAGAUAAAAAUAACGCCUCCAGCAAUUGCAAAAUGGAAUCUUGAUUUGAACACAUAAAUAUGAAAGAAUGGAAUAACUCUCUUACAACAUUGUAUAAGACUUGCCAUUGUUUGAAUACACAUGAAGUUCAUUAUAAGAUAUUAAACAGAUUGUAUAGAACUCCAAAAAAAAUUGCAAAAAUGUAUUCCAAAGCCUCCUCCAAUUGUUGGAGAUGUUCCGAGUCAAUAGCAGAUUUUAAACAAUCAGACAUCUUUGGAAGACUACAAACUUAUAUUUGUCAACCUUAUUAGAAAAGAGGUUCAACCUAAACCAGAAUAUGGCCAUGUUAGUCAAGGAAAUGGGGGUGAUUAAUAAGAAUCUUAGACCCAUUAUACUACAUAUAUUAAUGGUUGUCAAAACAUCUAUAGCUAGAAAUUGGAAGUCCCCCACGGUGGAUAGCUGGUCUAAGAUACUCACUCAAAGUAUUAAACAAUGCAAAAUGAAGCGUGCUUUUGCUAGGUGCUUCCCAUUGAAGGGUCAUCAAUAUAGUUUCUGGGACAAAUGGAUUAAAACAUUAGAGCCGAGGUAAUUGACUUUGGGCGUUUAUAACAGACCGAUCAUAUCCCUUUCACAACACUCGAUUAUCGGGUUUCCCCUUGCCUCGUGUCCUCCCAUAAUCUUGGACUUAUUUUUCUAUAGUUAUGUUUUUCAAACACUAAGACCAAACAACUGUUUGUCUAUAUAUAUCUUUUGUUUGUAUGUAAUAGUAAAAAAAAAAAAAAAAAAUUAGAGAAAGAAAAUUGAAACAGAAAGAAAGGGAAAAAAAGGAGGAAAAAAAGAAAAGAAAAGUAAAAACAAGACUGACAAAUGAUGAUUUGGUAUUUGAUAUUGCUGAUUUAUUUUGAUGUCUAUGAAAUAUGCCACAAUAAAUACCUCCUCAAAAAAAAAUUAAAAAAAAAAAUUAAAGCUCUGCUGUAUAGCACUUGGACGAUACAAUCCCUGUCUUAGGAUGUGUGUAGAUCCACAGUCUUGUAUAUCCAGUAUAAUUCCAACAGAUAGAGGAUGCAGAAAAGGAGGACAUUCCAUGGCAAAACAAACCUCUCUACUCUCCAAUGUACCACUGGCAUUUAGUGGAUGUGGCUCACAUUAUGAAAUCAUACCAGGGAUUGGAAAAUGCUGGACUGAAAGACAGCACUGAGACACUAAUCCUAGUACCAGAUCAAAAGAAGUGGAGGUCUACCAUACCAGAGAGUAUCCAAGAUGCAGGCUGUGCAAAGAAGCCUCUUAGACAAUCCAGCCAGAUGCAAGAUGUUAGCAGGAACAGCAUACACUGAGAUGCACAACCAAGAUGCUUGGAUUGUAUACCAAAAUAUCUGCACAGAAUAUGGGCUGGACCUGCCUAAGUCCAGAUGGGAGAUGCCACAAAGGGUAAUUGAGGAUGACAGUGCAAUAAUCCUGUGGGACUUUCAAAUGCAGAAGACAAGCAUGUAGGAUGUGGAAAGUGAAGGCAGUAGUAGUUCCAGGUGUGAUAGGAACACUCGGGCUGUGACCUUCAAGUUGGAAGAGUGGCUUUAACUGAUUCCAGGUGGGACAUUUGAGAUCACUGUCCAAAAGAGUGAAGUUCUAGGAAUUGCUAGAACCCUCAGACUCCCAGGCCACAUACAGGCAUUGUUUUUUGGUAGACUAAUUUAAUGUGGUUAGUAGUUUCUAAUUCACUGUAUGGCAAGGUUAUCUUUAAACCAGCCAAGAGUACGGAUCGAUAAAUAAAAUACAGUGUUUGGAAGAAAAAUGUAUCAAAGCACCAUACAGACUACUGCCCCAAGUAUGAUUUUAACAACUACAGGUUAGUUCUGCAUUGAGCCAUGCAAGUGUUGUACAGCAUGCACACACACUGGAAGCUUACACCAUUCAAGUCAUUUGCUAGCGCUUGUAUGAGCUGUACUGUGAGUGUACAAGUACAUAGCACUGUCUAUGUACUGUCUAUACGGCUUCAUGCUAAGCUCCUGCUAAUGAGAGAGACUCAUUUGAAUGCUGUGAGUGGUCCAGAACGCCUAAGGGGAGCUCAUGUGUAAAAAGUUAGCAUCAUUGCAGUUCAAAAGAGCAACAUUUCGACUAAUCCUUUUAGGGUUAAAGCUAUGAACCAAAAUAACUGUAUCUUAAAAGAGCAGUUGUGAUGUAUAGACCAUGCUCCUUCAGUCUCACUAUUUGAUGAACUGCCAUUUAGAAGUUAAAUAUAUUUUGCUUAUGUUUAUGCAGCCCUAGCAACAGCACCCCUGGCUGUGACUCGCACAGCACGAAUGAGAAAUGGUUUCAAUUUCAGAUUUUACAGCACACUGUGUUUACUUUAAAAGUUAUCUCCUGUUCUGUUAGUUGAACUUCAAACACAUACAAGCUCUACCGGGCAAUUAACUGAGCAUGUUUUACAAAUUAAAAACUGUGCAAUAAGAGACGUUAAAAAAAAUAGACUCUUUAACAGGAAAUGUGGGGGGAGGCAAUGCGAUUCUUAACCACUGGCGGUGUGGCUAUUGCUGCAUAAGCAAAGUGACUUAACACCUAAAUGGCAGAUAAUGGAACAAUGAGACUUCAGGAGCAUGGUCUAUACAGCAAAUCCACUUCAUUAAGCUGAAUUUCUUUUAGUGUUUAGUGUGUCCCCUUAUGGUGUAUAUAUUUCAGGUUAGGGCACUCAAUAAAAGGUUAACAAAGUUAAUGAUCAAUUUUAUGUAUACAUCUUUCACCAUCACCGAAGAAUUAAUGCAGUGGAGAACUAGACCAGAAUAGGAUCCCAAACAUUCAUCACUGUUAUAAAUUUAAAAAAAACAAAAAGCAGUUUUCAUUUGAACUGUUGUAUAAAUUGUGUAAAUAAAGCUGUGUUAAUCUUAAUUUUUAUUAGGUAAGAAACCAAAAAUAAAUUGAAAAUUCUACUUAGUUUGUGGAAAUUUGCAGUUUAGCUAGUGCUUCCAUUUUAGAAAGCCGAAUAAAUAGAAUGGUCAGUCAAACCUGAAAUCCACCUUUGUUAUAGCAGCUUUAUUGCUUCCAGUAUAGUAGAACACAUAAGUUCACUUUUCAAGAUAAUCCCCAGUUUGAUCAUGACUGUCAGGGAUUUUGUUCCAAUCUCUGGGUAUGUGGAGAGCUGAAAGUACAAUCGAUGUUCCUUUGUGGAAUUAGACUGUCAGUGUAAUGUCAUGAGCUUUAUUCUGAUGGUGCUUACGAACCAUACCGAUCCCUGGAGUGGAUACCUGCUAUAAACACAAACUCAUUUAUUGGACAAUGUCCACCAUAAAAAUCUGUUUGUUUAGAGCAUUUGGUGCCAAAUAUAUCUUUUCUAGAACUCAUAUAUCUCACAGUAUACAUAUCCAUCAUAAGAGCCAUAAUCAGCUAAGCUGAGAACCACAAACCUGCUUCUCUGUAAAGAAUUACGUUAUGCACCUCUGUGACCCUGAAAAUAAAAGGUUGUUAACACACACAAUCUUAUAUAACUGCAGAAUGAAAAGUAUUAAAUAGCAAAAAUAGUAUUAACAAUUACUCUAUCUAUUAGUAUAUAGAGGAAACAAAACAAUUGGGUAUUAUUAAAAAGAAUGCCAUCAAGGUUUCUGAGACAUCCUAUAAAGUGUGUCUGAUGUUGAGUUAUAAAUCUCUAAUAUGGAAUGAUUUUUAAUCAUAAGGCAUAUAUGACAUAGUCUGCCCACGAAUUGCAGGGAUUACCCUCAUGGGCUCUAGGUGUAGCUUUUAUUAUAGCACCAUUAAUGUGGUCCAUUUCCCUACAGUGAUAUGCUGGCAGAGGAGCUGGGGAGAAAAAUAAAAUCACAUGGUUCUGUCUCCUCAUCUCCUUUCCAACACCUUGGAUUAAAUGUUAUGUCAGAAUUCAAGAUACGACUUCACAAUAUAUGAUAUUGCCUAUGAAGUCCACAUAUACCCAAACAGACUUUUAUUUAUCUAUAUGUACAGUAAUAGUUAUCAGAGACAAUAUUUCUGAAUAUAUUUUCUGGUUAUUUUCCUUAAAGAAAAGCCUUAAGCUGGGAAUUUGGUAAAUAUUUUUUUUUAAUUUAUAGACAUCAUACCCCUCAAAUUCAAAGCAGAUCUCUUGGGUCUUUUGGCUGUCUGAGCAAGGGUACUAAUGUGUAUAAAAAAACAUGUAUCUUACAUUCCUCGGUUUUGUUCAUUAGUAGUGAUGUCCAGAACGGUUCACCGAACGGUUCGCCACGGACGGCGAACAUAAACAUAAACUUUGACCCUGUACCUCACAGUCAGCAGACACAUUCCAGCCAAUCAGCAGCAGACCCUCCUUCCCAGACCCUCCCACCUCCUGGACAGCAUCCACUUUACAUUCAUUGUGAAGCUGCAUUCUUAGUGAGCUGUCCAGGAGGUGGGAAGGUCUGGGAGGGAGGGUCUGCUGCUGAUUGGCUGGAAUGUGUCUACUGACUGUGAGGUACAGGGUCAAAGUUUAUGUUUAUGUUCGCCAUCUGCGGCGAACCAUUCGGCGAACCGUUCGGGACAUCACUAUUCAUUAGUUAUUGGAAAAACACAUCACAGUCUGUUCUCACUACUGGCCACACCAAUAAAGGGGAAUUUAAAUUAUAUCAGUGGACGCUGUAUAACAUUCUUUGGAAAUUUCCAUUGUAAACCAGACCAUUUCAAAAACUCAGUUAUUUAGUAAAUCAAGUGCUAAAAUAUUCAAAUUAACAUGCGGAAGUGAGAUGUGCAACACCUAUAUUGGUAAUAAAUAAUAAUUUAGUAUAUUUACCGAGAACAUUUCUCAUUUAAAAGUAGACACUUAGGAAAAAUAUAGACUGUUUAUUACGCUGAAAUAAAUGCACAGUACAGAUGUAUAGUGAUAUGUGUAAACAAUGCAGGAUUAACAUACAUGGCAGAAUUGUUCUGUAAGGAAUGUAAUCAGGUGGGUUAUUUUAUGGAGUUAGUGAACGUUGUAGUGUCUAAUGAUUAGACCUGUUUUAGAAACUGACUUGCGGUACUGACAGAUUGAUUUACAGGACUCAUGUGACAUCUUGAUUGUUAUUGCAGACUCCUCAAAUACAAAUAUUAGUAGACAACGGCGGCUACUUCACUUUAGAUAUUGUUUCAUCAUAACAUUUUUUGUUAGCUAUAACAUUUUUUUUCUAGUGUUUUUCAUAAACAGGGCUUUAUUUGCUGAACUCCAAAUUGUAGUGAAUUGAAAACCAAUUGCAGCUGAUGUAGAUUGUAUAUGUACUGUCAUUAAAGCAAUAAGUUAUAACAUGCCUAGUAUGUCAACUUCCCUAAUGCCAUAUAAUCUACACAAACUAGUGUGAAUAUAUUUGUUGUGGAAUCUAUGCAAAUUAAGCUUUGAUGCACCCAUACACACCGAUAAACGAAUUCACUGGAAACAAAACAGUAAGAGAUCCCACCAAAAGGGAACAAAUGAGGUUCAUUGAAAUGUACUUUAAAGCGGCAUUGUCACUGUCUGGGGCAAUGGUGUAUUUUGGAUUUGUGCUGCCCUAGGCACAACUAAAUUAGGGCACCCUCUUAAUCUAAAUUUGCCCUCCAAUUUGUGUCAAGGCCACUUUUUUGACACACACACACCCUCAUUGAUACAUGCGCUGACAUACACUCACUGACAGAUACACAGUCAUUGGCACACACACACACACACACACACUGUUUAACCACUUUCACUGACAGACACACCCUGACAGACACUCACAGACACACAUAUCCUCACUGAUCUGACACACUGACAGACACACAUAUUCACUCACCCACUUACUCACUCACUCACUCACUCACUCACAGAAACACACUGACAGCUACACACACACACACAAACUGACAGACACACACUCACUGACAGACACACACACUUACUGACAGACACAAACACACACUCACACUCACUGACAGACACACACACCCUCAGCGAUUUGACACUGACAGAAACACAUAUUCACUCACUCACUCACUCAUAGACGAACACUGGCAGCUACAAACACUCACUCACAGACACACACACACUCACAAUGACAGACACAAACACACACUCACUGACAGCUACACUCAGACUGACAGCUACACACACUCACUCACUCACAGACAUACACACACACUCACUGACAGACAGACAGACAGACACACACACACACACACACACACUCACUGACACACACACACACACACACACACAUAUUCACAUUCAUUGACAGACACACACACAUUCACUGACAGACACAUAUACACUCAUUGACAGACACACACACACGUUUUCUCAUACACUCACCAAUUUUUUUAUUUUAUUUAAAUCCACCCAGUCUCCAUACCUUUGGGAGAGUUGGAGUGGAUCCUAACUGCUGCUGGGCUGGCUGAGCUCCUUGCUGGGGCUGCUAGCUCUGCUGGCUAGUUUGACUUUGCAGGCGCCCAAUGGCAAGGGAACUGAGAACUGAGCUCUUCUUGCUCAGCUCCCUUGUGCACCGCUUAGUGAUCCCGGAGUUGGAGUAAAGUCAUAUUCUGGCUCCCAGGAUCACAGAAGGGCGCAAGAGGGAGCAAGAAGAGCUGAGAAAUUCUAAAAGGUUCUAUCUUUAUAAAAUACAAAUUUUUUAGGGGGAGGGGAGGAGUAACAGUGCCGCUUUAAGCAAUAGGAUGAUAUUGUAACAAGUGUAUUCCUUUAUUCUAUUUUUUUUUUUUACAUGUAUUCUUUCUCAAGAGAGGAGGGGUAGGUCUUUCUGACUGAAUGCUGUUCAGAUCUUUACUUGUAUUGAGAACAUAAAAAUUUUUUUCAUGUAUAAAUUAUAUUUUCUUUAACCAUACUGUGUUGCUUAAUACUUCUUCUUACCACUAGAUGGGAGAAGCAGCUCAACAAAAUGUUUUCUCUUAUUUUUGCUUUUAAAAUUACUUCCUAUAACAGCUGCAUAUUAAUGCAAUUUCUGAAGUAAUACAGAAAUCACUUGUAUAUGUCACAGAACUGUCAAGUCAACCAGGCUAUUGUUUUUUAUUUUUAUUUUUAAUAAAGGUUGGAUAUUUAUUUAUUUAUCAGCCAUAUUCCACAAAUGCACUAAGCUGACCCAUUUCUGAGAUAAAACCCCCAAAAUGAGGUAAUGGGUGCAAUUUGUAAUAUUGUUUCAAAUUAUUGGCCAAUUGAGAUUAUGAGGCAAUAAUUUAUAUUCCCAAGCGGGCAUGUUUCAGUAUAUUAAAGCGAUGUGAAAUACAUAUUUUAGGAAGCAUAAUGUCUCUCUGUGCAUGCCAAGUAAUUAAAAUCCUUUAAGAGAUUCUUUAAAUUGAUUUUCCGAUUCUAAGCUUUCUUAAUCCAGCCUUUGCCGUUGAAUCAGUGCAAUGUGACAAGUAAGGCUCCUGGGGAUACAUCCAUCUUUAACACUGAUAUAAAACUAAAACGUGACACUCUCAGCAGGCUUAUUUGCAAAUGUUUACCCAGAAUUCAUUUCUGCAGUACAAUCAUUUAAUUUAGAGCAAAGUGCAACUACAGCUGAGAUUUCUUAUGUAGAAGAUUCACUCAGUAAACAGUACACUGUGUAUUAAAAACCAUACUAGUAAAAUAAAUAGUGAACUAGGUGGGAUGUAAACAAUUGUGUUAAGUUUAGCAAAUUUGGUUUUAACUUCAUCACAUUCAUACCUGACAACUUUGGCAAUUCUGGUGAGGCCGUAAAUUGGACAUGUACUCAUGCUAGCAGUGGCGUACACAUAACCCAUGGGGCCCCGGUGCGAAACUGAUCCAUGGGCCCGCCCCCCUAACAUCCCCCCCUCUAAAUUCCCCCCCGACACACACACAUACAUACAGAGACACACACACACAGACAGACAGAUACAUACAACACAUACAUACAAAGGCACAUACAUACAAACAGACAGACAGGCACACAUACAGACAGGCACAUACACACAGACAGACACACAUACAUACAGACAGAUACAUACAGACACAUACGACACAUACAUACAAAGACACAUAUAUACAUAAAAACAGACAGGCACACACACAUACAUACAGACACACACACACAACAAACAUACAUACAAAGACACAUACAAACAGACAGGCACACAUACAGGGAGUGCAGAAUUAUUAGGCAAAUGAGUAUUUUGACCACAUCAUCCUCUUUAUGCAUGUUGUCUUACUCCAAGCUGUAUAGGCUCGAAAGCCUACUACCAAUUAAGCAUAAUAGGUGAUGUGCAUCUCUGUAAUGAGAAGGGGUGUGGUCUAAUGACAUCAACACCCUAUAUCAGGUGUGCAUAAUUAUUAGGCAACUUCCUUUCCUUUGGCAAAAUGGGUCAAAAGAAGGACUUGACAGGCUCAGAAAAGUCAAAAUAGUGAGAUAUCUUGCAGAGGGAUGCAGCACUCUUAAAAUUGCAAAGCUUCUGAAGCGUGAUCAUCGAACAAUCAAGCGUUUCAUUCAAAAUAGUCAACAGGGUUGCAAGAAGCGUGUGGAAAAACCAAGGCGCAAAAUAACUGCCCAUGAACUGAGAAAAGUCAAGCGUGCAGCUGCCACGAUGCCACUUGCCACCAGUUUGGCCAUAUUUCAGAGCUGCAACAUCACUGGAGUGCCCAAAAGCACAAGGUGUGCAAUACUCAGAGACAUGGCCAAGGUAAGAAAGGCUGAAAGACGACCACCACUGAACAAGACACACAAGCUGAAACGUCAAGACUGGGCCAAGAAAUAUCUCAAGACUGAUUUUUCUAAGGUUUUAUGGACUGAUGAAAUGAGAGUGAGUCUUGAUGGGCCAGAUGGAUGGGCCCGUGGCUGGAUUGGUAAAGGGCAGAGAGCUCCAGUCCGACUCAGACGCCAGCAAGGUGGAGGUGGAGCACUGGUUUGGGCUGGUAUCAUCAAAGAUGAGCUUGUGGGGCCUUUUCGGGUUGAGGAUGGAGUCAAGCUCAACUCCCAGUCCUACUGCCAGUUCCUGGAAGACACCUUCUUCAAGCAGUGGUACAGGAAGAAGUCUGCAUCCUUCAAGAAAAACAUGAUUUUCAUGCAGGACAAUGCUCCAUCACACGCGUCCAAGUACUCCACAGCGUGGCUGGCAAGAAAGGGUAUAAAAGAAGAAAAUCUAAUGACAUGGCCUCCUUGUUCACCUGAUCUGAACCCCAUUGAGAACCUGUGGUCCAUCAUCAAAUGUGAGAUUUACAAGGAGGGAAAACAGUACACCUCUCUGAACAGUGUCUGGGAGGCUGUGGUUGCUGCUGCACGCAAUGUUGAUGGUGAACAGAUCAAAACACUGACAGAAUCCAUGGAUGGCAGGCUUUUGAGUGUCCUUGCAAAGAAAGGUGGCUAUAUUGGUCACUGAUUUGUUUUUGUUUUGUUUUUGAAUGUCAGAAAUGUAUAUUUGUGAAUGUUGAGAUGUUAUAUUGGUUUCACUGGUAAUAAUAAAUAAUUGAAAUGGGUAUAUAUUUGUUUUUUGUUAAGUUGCCUAAUAAUUAUGCACAGUAAUAGUCACCUGCACACACAGAUAUCCCCCUAACAUAGCUAUAACUAAAAACAAACUAAAAACUACUUCCAAAAAUAUUCAGCUUUGAUAUUAAUGAGUUUUUUGGGUUCAUUGAGAACAUGGUUGUUGUUCAAUAAUAAAAUUAAUCCUCAAAAAUACAACUUGCCUAAUAAUUCUGCACUCCCUGUACAUAUAUACAAACAGACAGACAGACAGGCACACAUACAUACAGACAAAGAGGCACACACACACACAUAUACACACAUACAGACAAACACACACACACACACACACGACACAUACAUACACAGACACAUACAUACAUAAAAACAGACAGGCACACAUACAUACAUACAUACAGACAGAUAGACACAGACACAUACAAACAGACACACACAUACAUAAAUACAGACAGACACACAUACAGACACACACACAAUACACACAUACAUACAAAGACACAUACAUUCAGACAGAUAGACAGACACAUACAUACAAACAGACAGGCACACAUACAUACAGACAGAUAGACACAGACACAUAAUAUUUAAGUCACCUGUUUCCCACCUUUUAGGUGCAGGAAGGUGACUUUCCCUGUGUCCAGUGGUGGCUCAGGUUGAUGGGAGUCAGAGUUCCCGCUCUGACUCCCUGCUCUUCCUCCCGCGCUGGCUCUGUGUGUUAGCUGGGAGGAGUGACGGGCAGUCACUUCCUCCCAGCAGUGAUGAUCUCAUUACAGGGGGCCCAGUUACGCUGUUAAAGUGCCCAGCGCUGAGCGGGCCCCCUGACAAUCCAUCUCCAUCGGGUGGCCCAGACAGCAUGGGCCACCCGAUGGUCACCUGAUGCGGCCCUGACGGUUUGCCGCACAGGCCGGGGCCGCAAAUGAUGAUGGCGGGCACCCGGUCGCAGGGGCCUGCAUGGUGGACAGGCCCCCUGGAGUGACAGGCCCGGUCACAGCUGUGACCCCUGCGACUGCGGUAUGUACGCCAGUGCAUGCUAGUCUAGAUAAUAGAUUGCCAGGAAUACAACCAAGUCAGGCUCAUCGUGCACAGAGGAAUACUAAAGUGCUACCAUAUUGUCUGAAAAGCCCUGUAAUUCAUGCUUAGUCCAAUGAGACCAGGUACAAACAUUUAUUCCCAGUACUCUUUUCUGUGGUGUUCCUAAAACCGAGAGAGCAGAGGAAACUUGGGAUGGUUUCUACAUUUUAGACUGUGCAGCUGAAUUUGUGACAUUUGGCAAAUAUGCACAAUAUAUAAUCCUUAUUGAAUGAAGCGCAAAAAUAAGAGCUACAGUUUUAUGUGAAACAAAAAUGUACACAAUUUUUUUAUAUUUAAUCUUUUGAAUUAUUAUAUUUUUAGAAUCUUGUCAGAAACAAAAGCAAAGGAGAACCCUUUAGGACAGGUAAGUAUUGACAACUUUUUAUCCUAUGCAUGUAUCUUUGGGCUGCAGACACAAAAUGUAUGUAUGUGUGUGUGUGUGUGUAUAUAUACUUGUAUGUAUAAUAUGUAAAUAUUUAAACAUGCUUACUUUACAGAUGCCUUGUGGUUUGUUCAUGGGUGAUUAUUCAUUUCGGCUCCAUAAAUGACAGCAACAUUAUUAAGUCAAUGAAAAUCUGUAGGGAGAUUCUAAGAACACAGUUUGAGCUAUUAAAUAAGUGAAAUCUUUUUUACAAAGAGCUGUAGCAUGCAUUUAUUGUAUGGCCUUUAAUAAUAGUGGCAGUAUACUAGCAUUAAACAGUGAAGUGUCUGUUGUAAAGACAUCACUCCAGUUAAAAUUUUUGUACUAUUUUUUGGAGCUUAAUUUUGAAACUGUUGUUAAAGGCACACUCCAGGCACCCAGACCACUUCAGCUAAUUGAAAAGGUCUGGGUGCUAUGCCCCUAUUGCACUUAGUGCUGCAAUGUAAACAUUGCAGUUCCAGAGAACUGCAAUGUUUACAUUGCAGCUCUAAGUCUGCCCUCUGUGGCUGUAUAUCAGACAGCCACUGGGGGAGCUUCCUGAUUCAUAACAGACUUUUGGUUCGUUAUCUGACGCUGGACGUCCUCACGGAUCUCCAGUGUCAGAUUUUCCCCAUAAGAAAGCAUUGAAUAAUGCUUUCCUAUGGGGAGGUCUAAUGCGCAUGAGCGGCCAUUGCCACGCAUGUGCAUUAGGGCUCCCCUGCUGGCUGACGUCAACAGGGGGAGGAGCUUGGGCGAAGCCUUACCCAGUUCCGAGGGACAUUGGCGCUGGAUUCAGUUAUGUAGCUGAAGGGGUUUUCCUGGCACUGGAGAAUCCCUUUAACUGCUGUAGAAUCCCCAUUAGAUAAAGGGAUUUCAAAACUACUGCAGUUUUUUUGUUAAACUAAUGUGCAUAAUUAUCUGCUAGCUUUGGCCUAUGGCAUAUACAGUUGUAAUCAAAAUUAUUUAACCCCUCCAUUGGAAAUCAGGUUUAUUGUCAAAAUGUACAGACUUUCAGCUGUUUGCAAUGAACAAAUCAAACAAAAGCAAUUGAAAUAGCUCAACACAACGAACACUUCAAGUGGUUUCCCCAAAUUCAACUGAAAAUGUACUUCAUAAUGACUUCUCUAGGCUCAAAAUUAUUCAACCCCUUCAUUGAAACAUCUUUAGUACUUAGUUGAGCACCCUUUUGCUGUUGACCUGCUGCAAAUGAGAUGCAUAGCCAGACACCAGCUUCUGGCAGCAUUCUUGAGGGGUUUUAGCGCAUUGCUCAUGAGCAGUAAUUCAAGAUUUUCCUAGUCUUGAUGUCAGAAAAUAUAUGUUUUAUUAAAGUCUUGAAUUUUAAAACAAGACAGGAGGCUCGUAUUAUGUAUGUUCAAAGCUAAAUAGUCAUAAUAUAAAAUACAUCAGAAGUUAUUACAAUAUUAUUUUUGAAACAGGCUAGGUUUAAAAUAAAACUGUUUAAAUGUAGAUUCUGAAGACCAAUCUGCAGUUUUUAACAGAUCUGAUAAAGAGCCUCCUGCUUGAAACACUUUAGUAGUAACAGCUCCUCUUGAUGAGUGAGCUCCAAACAUUGAAAUAUUAAUAGUACAGAAAAAAGAAAGGAAGGCAGCGCCACUACAAACCACAUAAAUUAAAAGAGCACAGAAUAGGCAGACUAGAAUGCAAUAUAUAUAUAAUAGAUAAUAAGCAAAUAGAAGUCCAGAAUAAAUAGUCUGACUGGUACAUUUUAUACUUUGAUCACCAUUGCUGUUCCCGCUUUUAUUUCCACAUAUGGUUCCCUAAUCAAGAAAGAAUACUUAGACCUCACGUAUCCCAUAAGUGGGGAUUAUACCACUGUACGUUAUCAACACUAGAGUACGUUAUCUAGUCUGCCUAUUCAAUGCUCUUUUAAUUUAUGUGGUUUGUAGUGGCGCUGCCUUCCUUUCUUUUUUCUGUACCAUUUCUGGUGUAAGGCCUGUGAGGGAGCCCUACUUUUUAGGUGUGCUGCCACUUUUUACUUAUUUAUUAUUGUUUCUGUUGUAUCUUGUAUAGAUAGAGAGCGCUGAUCCCUUUCUUCUAUUGAAAUAUUAAUACCUGCCAUAGACAUUGUUUGCCGUACCUAUCUAGCUAAAGAUGCAGAGGAGACAGGCAGAAAAGGUUUAUGAAAAGAGAUUAGUAAUUGCGAGAAAUUAGAAUUUCGAAUCAAAACGGUUUUAAACUCAUAUGUUUGAAGACAACUAACAACACAUAGAAGAGGAUGGUCAGAAAAUGAAGGAUAGAAUACAGUGCAGAGAUUAGUUUUGGUAUGUCUAACAAUAGAAAAAUGAACACCAUCAGGAGUUUAUUAUUUAAGUCUAAAGCUUUAACGUCAGAAACUCUUUUGAAAGAGAUGAGACAUAGUAAUGUGGUAAGCUUAAACGAAAGCAAUUUUAAGGAUAAUGAGUCAUUGGCACCCCAUGAUUCUAUCAACUGGAGUACCAGAGUAACAUCCCAGGAGGAAUUAUAUUUAGGGCAUGGAGGACAUUUAAAUCUGAUACCCUUCAUAAGUCUGCAGACUAGAGGAUGUUUACCCACAGGGAAAAAUUCAAUAGGGUCGUGAUUUGCUGAGAUAGCAGAUCUAUAGACAUUUAUGGUGCAAUAAGCUUUCCCUGAGUCAAAAGAGGCUGACAAAAAAUAUAGAAUCUUUGCUAAAUCUGAAUGUAUGGCAUCCACUGCCCAUCCCAUGCACCAAUUAAGCCAAAUUUUCCAGGCUGAUCUGUAAUUUGCAUGGGUUCCCGGUGCCCAUGCUUGUGAGAGAAUGUCUCUAGUAGUGUUUAAAAAUUCACUAAGAGAUUCGAAUGACCCGAAAUGAGAGAUGCAAUCAAUAGUAGUUGGCCCGACAGCACUAGAGGAUGAAAAUUUCCCUCCAGAUCGCGAAGAGAAUCCUGACGCAUCUGUAUGAGUCGUGGGUAGUCUAUCAGCAUGCUGAGAAGCUGAGGGAACCAUGGUUGUGAUGGCCAGAGAGGGGUUAUAACUACUAAGGUCGAUUUCUGGGACCAUGCUUUCAGAAGUACCCGGGAUAUCAUUGUAAACAGGGGAAAAGCAUAAUUGAUUCCGUCUUUCCAACAUUGGAGAAAAGCAUCUUGAUCUACUGCUUCUGGAUCCGGACGCCAACUGAAAAAUGUUUCUAGUUGGCGAUUGAGUCGUGAUGCAAAGAGGUCGUAUUGAAAUGGACCCCACAGAGCAAGUAGUCGUUGGAAUAUGUUGGGAUCCACCAUCCAGUCGCUGUAAUCCACUAGGAAACAGGAAUUCCAAUCUGCUACUGUAUUGGAAAGGCCGGAAAGGUAUUCUGCUCGUAACGUUAUGUUUCGAUCGAGGCAAAAAUGCCAUAAUUCUUUGGCAAUGUCCACCAGUUGCUUGGAUUUUGCACCUCCUAAGCAAUUUAUACAGGGAGUGCAGAAUUAUUAGGCAAAUGAGUAUUUUGACCACAUCAUCCUCUUUAUGCAUGUUGUCUUACUCCAAGCUGUAUAGGCUCGAAAGCCUACUACCAAUUAAGCAUAUUAGGUGAUGUGCAUCUCUGUAAUGAGAAGGGGUGUGGUCUAAUGACAUCAACACCCUAUAUCAGGUGUGCAUAAUUAUUAGGCAACUUCCUUUCCUUUGGCAAAAUGGGUCAAAAGAAGGACUUGACAGGCUCAGAAAAGUCAAAAAUAGUGAGAUAUCUUGCAGAGGGAUACAGCACUCUUAAAAUUGCAAAGCUUCUGAAGCGUGAUCAUCGAACAAUCAAGCGUUUCAUUCAAAAUAGUCAACAGGGUCGCAAGAAGCGUGUGGAAAAACCAAGGCGCAAAAUAACUGCCCAUGAACUGAGAAAAGUCAAGCGUGCAGCUGCCACGAUGCCACUUGCCACCAGUUUGGCCAUAUUUCAGAGCUGCAACAUCACUGGAGUGCCCAAAAGCACAAGGUGUGCAAUACUCAGAGACAUGGCCAAGGUAAGAAAGGCUGAAAGACGACCACCACUGAACAAGACACACAAGCUGAAACGUCAAGACUGGGCCAAGAAAUAUCUCAAGACUGAUUUUUCUAAGGUUUUAUGGACUGAUGAAAUGAGAGUGAGUCUUGAUGGGCCAGAUGGAUGGGCCCGUGGCUGGAUUGGUAAAGGGCAGAGAGCUCCAGUCCGACUCAGACGCCAGCAAGGUGGAGGUGGAGUACUGGUUUGGGCUGGUAUCAUCAAAGAUGAGCUUGUGGGGCCUUUUCGGGUUGAGGAUGGAGUCAAGCUCAACUCCCAGUCCUACUGCCAGUUCCUGGAAGACACCUUCUUCAAGCAGUGGUACAGGAAGAAGUCUGCAUCCUUCAAGAAAAACAUGAUUUUCAUGCAGGACAAUGCUCCAUCACACGCGUCCAAGUACUCCACAGCGUGGCUGGCAAGAAAGGGUAUAAAAGAAGAAAAUCUAAUGACAUGGCCUCCUUGUUCACCUGAUCUGAACCCCAUUGAGAACCUGUGGUCCAUCAUCAAAUGUGAGAUUUACAAGGAGGGAAAACAGUACACCUCUCUGAACAGUGUCUGGGAGGCUGUGGUUGCUGCUGCACGCAAUGUUGAUGGUGAACAGAUCAAAACACUGACAGAAUCCAUGGAUGGCAGGCUUUUGAGUGUCCUUGCAAAGAAAGGUGGCUAUAUUGGUUACUGAUUUGUUUUUGUUUUGUUUUUGAAUGUCAGAAAUGUAUAUUUGUGAAUGUUGAGAUGUUAUAUUGGUUUCACUGGUAAUAAUAAAUAAUUGAAAUGGGUAUAUAUUUGUUUUUUGUUAAGUUGCCUAAUAAUUAUGCACAGUAAUAGUCACCUGCACACACAGAUAUCCCCCUAACAUAGCUAUAACUAAAAACAAACUAAAAACUACUUCCAAAAAUAUUCAGCUUUGAUAUUAAUGAGUUUUUUGGGUUCAUUGAGAACAUGGUUGUUGUUCAAUAAUAAAAUUAAUCCUCAAAAAUACAACUUGCCUAAUAAUUCUGCACUCCCUGUAUAUUGGACUGCUGAUAUGUUGUCCAUCUUGAGAAGGAUACAACAAUGGGAUUUGUGUUUCGCAAAACUGCGUAGAGCGAAAAACCCUGCCAUGAAUUCCAGGCAGUUUAUAUGCAUAUUCGUCUCUUCUAGAGACUAUUUGCCUCCUGUGGAAUUAGCCGCCACAAUGGGCUCCCCAGCCUAAUCGACUUGCGUCGGAUUCUAUAGUUAGGUCUGGGAAUGACGGGAAAAAUGCUUUCCCGUUCCAAAUUUGAACGUGAUCUAACCACCAGGAUAGUUCUGUUCUUGUCUCUGAAGUUAGAGAAAUCUCAUCUAAAUAGAGGAGACCGUUGCGUAGAUGUUCUCUUUUCAAUCUUUGAAGAGCCCGAUAGUGAAGGGGGGGCUGGAAAAAUAGCCUGGAUCAAGGCUGAUAAAAUACCUACAAUCCGUGCUAAAGGCCUGAUGGAAAUUAAUUCCUUCUUUUCGAAUCGUUUUCAAUUUCCGUGAUGGAAGGCUGAGAGUGGCUAAAUUGGAAUUCACUAGAAAUCCUAAAAAUUCUAUCUCCUGAGAGGGAGUUAAAAUAGAUUUUUCAUAAUUUAUUACAAAGCCAAGGCUUUGAGAAGGCUUGAGAAUGUAGUUGAAGAGUUUGCACACUCUGUGACAUAAUCAAUAUGUCGUCUAGAUAGAUUAUCAUUCUUACUCCCCUGCUUCGAAGUAGGGAUAUUACUGGUCUGAGUAAUUUGGUGAAACACCAAGGUGCAGAGGAUAAACCAAAUGGCAAUGAUUGAACUGUAAAUAUUUCUGACAUGAGUGGUAGAUAGGUACCGUGAGGUAUGCAUCCUUCAAAUCUAUUUUGAUCAACCUGUCGUUGAAUAUCAAUAGGUCUUUGAGGUAAUAAAUUCCCUCCAUUUUGAAAUGGUGGUAUCUGACAAAAUUGUUUAAGUAUUUCAAGUUUAUGACUGGUCUGUGACCAGAAUCUUUAUUUUUCACCAAUAAUAAAUUGCUUAUGAAGCCUGGGCUACUCAUGGGCACCUGUAUGAUGGCAUUUUUAAAGCAUAAACUUAAUAUUUCUUGAGGCACCAGGGCUUGCCCUUGGGUUGAAAGAUUUAUCAGGAAAGGUAUGUUUCUUUGGACGGGGCAUGAUAUAAAAUAUAUGUCUAGUAUGUCUAGUAUCCAAGAAUCGUUUGUAAUCUGACUCCAGACAUGGAAAAAACGAGUGAGUCUGCCCCCUAACCCUACCAGGUUGUCGUACUCACCGAAUGAAGAUCUGAAUUGAGACAUUCCUCAAUGGCCUCUUGAUCUCCAAGGUCUGCCACGUAGUGGAAAGAAUGGAGUUGAUUGUUGGGUGUCACAUGAGGGCCUGGUGGGUUGAAAGGUGUUCCUUGGAACCUGUCUAUGUUGAAAGGAACGGCUGGAAGAACGGUUCCUUCCUCUUCCAGCUCUUCUGAAAACCUUAGGGUUGAAAACUUUCCUCAGGCAUGACUGAGCCAAUGUCACGAUAGUGACCCCUUCACACAGAUGGUAACCCAGAAAGGGACGUAUACCGGACCUUAGGGUGGCCGGACUUAACGUCAAAGAAUAGUCAAGAAAAAGCCGAGGGUCAAGGGAGUACGGAAAUCGGGAUAAACGAGAAAGCCAAGCCAAAAGUCGGGGAGCCAGAUAGGAGAAUAGUCAGAACGAAAGCCAAGGAUCAAAAUACCAGAAAAACAGCUAAACAGUAUAAGAGCACUAGGGGAACAAUCAAGAACCACACUAGGGCACUGAGGGGUGGACAGGGAUGCCCUUUUAUACUAAUGUGUGUGUGUCACUUUAAAGCCACGCCCCCAAAAGGUUCGGGAGCGUGGCCGCGUUUGAAUUUUCGCGGCAAAAUCAUUAUGACGUCGGCGCGCAUGCGCCGCGUCAUAAAACGGAUUUUGCCGCGAGCGGGCUGCGUCCGAGAGGCUGCGCCGCCCCCCGGAAGCAGCCGGGGAAACUGCCGUGCCGCGCGGGAUCGGCGGACACAGGUAAGGUAUCGUCACAGUACCCCCCCCGAGGACCGCCCCCAGGGUGGGCAGGACAGGGUCCGUGAGAACGACGCCUAGCAAAGGAACAGACUAGGCGAGGCGCGUGCACGUCCGAGGCAUCUACCCAUGACCUUUCCUCGGGACCGUACCCCUUCCAAUCCAACAGAUACUGGAGCCGACCUCUAGAGAUACGAGAGUCUAAAAUAGAUUUAACCUCGUAUUCGUUUUGGCCAUCAAUGAGCGUAGAACGAGGAGACCUGUGUUUACGAGUAAAGCGAUUACAAAUCAAAGGUUUCAGAAGAGAAACAUGAAAGGAAUUGGGUAUCCUCAUAUUAGCUGGUAAAUCCAGGCGAUAUCAGACUGGAUUAAUCCGUUGGAGAAUCCUAAAAGGACCAAUGAAUCGCGGAGCAAAUUUCAUAGAGGGCACUCGUAAUUUAAUAUUGCGUGUACUCAACCACACUCUAUCUCCCACUAUAAAAUUCGGAGCAUUCUUGCGCCGGGUGCCCGCUUUACUUUUUUGAGCAUCGGCCUUAUGAGUCAGGAUACGCUUGACCCCUAACCAAGUUUCUUUCAUAUUCCUUACAGUAUAGUCAACACUUGGCACUGCGGAGGAUGAAAAGGAACUCGGAAGAGUAGUAGGGUCAAAGCCAUAAUUUAUAAAAAAGGGGCUAUGUUGUGUUGAUUCGUGAACCCAGUUAUUGUGGGCGAAUUCAGCCCAAGGGAGUAACUCCUUCCAAUCGUCUUGGUGAUCGGAGAUGAAGCAACGAAGGUACUGUUCUAGUGACUGAUUCAUUCUCUCAGUAACUCCGUUGGAUUGGGGAUGGUAUGAAGAGGAGUGGUUAAGUUUGAUACCUAACUGAUCACAAAACGCCUUCCAAAACCUGGAAACAAACUGUGAGCCUCUGUCAGAGACUAUGUCUGUAGGGAUACCAUGUAAACGAACCACCUCCCUUAUGAAUAUCGUGGCCACUUCUGAGGAUGAAGGAAGUUUAAUUAAAGGGACUAGGUGGGUCAUUUUGGAAAAUCUAUCGAUGAUAGUUAGGAUUAUCCGGUGAUUUUUUGAAGGUGGUAGGUCUACUAUGAAAUCCAUGGCGAUACUUGACCAGGGCAUUUCGGGAAUAGGUAACGGCAUGAGGAGGCCUAAAGGGUGACUUUUAGGAGACUUAUUAGAGGAACAUAUGUUACAGGCUAGGACAUACUCUCGAACGUCCUUCUUGUAAGAAGGCCACCAGAAUUGCUUUUCGAGUAGUGCUUCUGUUUUAUGGAUACCGGGAUGACCGGCAAUCUUAGAGUCGUGUACCAAGGAUAGGAUUCGUCUUCUAUAAUUGAAGGGUACGUAUAAUUUCCCCUGAGGGAUAGUCAGGGAGUUGUGGUUUUGACAUUUAGACAAUACUUCUAUUAAGCUAGAAGAGAUUUUAGUACGUACUGUGGCAACUAUUUGUGAAGUAGGGAUUAUGGAAGAUAAAUGGGUUACUGGUGGAGAUAGGUGCUCAUGUUGCCGAGAUAAGGCAUCUGCUUUCGUAUUCUUAGAACCGGGUCUGUAUGUCACUAUGUAGUUAAAACGUGUUAGGAACAAAGACCAACGAAUCUGCCUGUCAGACAUUCUUUUAGCUUCUCCAAAAUAGGAAAGGUUCUUGUGAUCAGUGAGGAUGAUGAUCGGUUCAGAUGUCCCCUCUAAUAGAUGCCGCCAUUCUUUGAGUGCUGAAAUGAUAGCCAACAAUUCCCUAUCACCUAUAUCGUAUCUUCGUUCUGUUUCCGUCAGUUUUUUAGAAAAAUAGCCACAGGGAUGCAGGGGUUGAUCAUUCGAGGAUCUCUGAGAGAGUACAGCCCCGAUCCCUGUCUCUGAAGCAUCCACUUCUAACAAAAAAGGACGCAAAGGAUUAGGGUGACUUAACACCGGGGCUGAAGAAAAGGCUAGCUUCAAUUUUUCAAAGGCUUCCUUAGCUUCGGUACUCCACACCGUAUGACUUCUAUUCUUUUUUGUCAUAGCGGUAAUAGGAGCGGUAAUAGAGGAAAAUCCUCUGAUAAACUUUCUAUAGUAAUUAGCAAACCCCAGGAAACGUUGGAUGGCUUUAAGUCCAAUGGGUAGGGGCCAAUUUAAAAUUGCUUCUAGUUUUUUAGGUUCCAUUUGAAAGCCGGAACCUGAAAUUAUGUAACCCAAGAAAUUCACCUUCUCCACGUCAAAUAAACAUUUUUCUAAUUUACAGUAGAGUCCGUUUUUUAAUAAUUUGGAUAACACUAUUCUAACGUGUCUAUGGUGCUCCUUGAUAUUCUUAGAGUAGAUGAGUAUGUCAUCUAAAUAAACAACAACAAACAUUUGUAGACAGUCCCUUAAUACAUCGUUUAUGAAAUCUUGAAAGACUGCCGGAGCGUUGCAUAAGCCGAAGGGCAUAACCCUAUAUUGAUAAUGGCCAUAGCGAGUAUUGAAGGCCGUUUUCCACUCAUGUCCCUUCUUAAUUCGAACUAGAUUAUAAGCUCCCCGUAAAUCUAGCUUAGUGAAUAUGGUAGCACCCUUUAACCUAUCAAAAAGCUCAGUAAUGAGCGGAAUAGGAUAUGCAUUUCGUAUUGUUAUUUUAUUUAAUCCCCGAUAAUCGAUGCAGGGUCUCAGAUCACCUUCCUUUUUGGAAACAAAAAAAAACCCUGCACCAGCCGGGGAGGAUGAUUUGGUAAUAAAUCCCUUCUUCAAAUUCUCUGUGAUGUACUCUUCAAGUACUUUGUUUUCUGUCACAGAGAGUGGAUACACGGUACCCCUAGGGGGCAUAGUACCAGGCAACAAAUCAAUAGCGCAGUCAUAAGAACGAUGGGGUGGUAAUUUGUUUGCUUCCCUUUGUUCAAAGACUGCCUUGAGAUCCCGAUAUGGUUCGGGUACUUGAGUGGUUAAUGGUUCCAUGGUAGGGACGUUGAGGAGUCCUAUAGGUAUAACUCGACUGAUACACUCCUUAAAACAAGAAUCACCCCAUUUUACAAUCUCUUUCCUCUCCCAGUUAAUUAGAGGAUUAUACUUGGUAAGCCAAGGAAACCCAAGUAUAAUCGGAAAGGUGGGAGAAGGUAUUUGCUGUAGGAUUAUGGUUUCUUUAUGCAACGAACCUACAGUCAAGACUAAGGGUUUGGAUUCUUAAGUAAUAAAAGGAAUGGAUAAUGGUCUACCAUCUAUGGCCUCAACGGCCAAGGGUGUUGAUCUUUCUCGAAAUGGGAGGUUGUGAUGUUGGCCGAAAGUACGGUCAAUAAAGUUCUCAGCUGCCCCAGAGUCUAUUAGCGCAGAAGUAGUUAUUAACUUUCCCUCCCAUUCUAUAGUUAUCGGUAGAAGAAGCCUGAGUUCUUUCCUAUCUUGGAAGGAGGACAUACACGUUACACCCAAGGCCUGUCCUCCUUGAGGGCUUAGGCGUUGGAGUUUUCCGGCCGGCUUGGGCAGUGUAGGCGGGUAUGUCCUCUUUUCCCACAAUACAUACAAAGUCCCUCCCUUCGUCUAUAUUGUCUCUCAGGUUCAGGCAACCGUGUGGCUCCCAGUUGCAUGGGUUCUGCUGGAGCGACAGUGGUUUCCUCAGAUGAAGGAAACGUUAAUGCCAGGCGUUCCGGCAUACGCCUAGGUCUAUCCCUGGUGUUUUGUCUAUGUCGGAGACGUUCGUCUAUAUGUGCUAGAUAUGUAAUUAAUUCCUCCAACACAUUAGGGAGGUCUCGGGUGGCUACCUCAUCUAAAAGUUUGUCAGAAAGUCCGUUCAUGAACACAUCUACAAAGGCCUGCUCAUUCCAUCUGACCUCUGCAGCAUGAGUGCGAAAUUCUAGGGCAUAGUCCACCAGGGAACGAGACCCUUGUCUCAUUCGUAAUAGGGUUUUAGCAGCAUUGGUACGUCUUCCAGGGGGAUCAAAUGUUCUCCUAAAGGCUGCGACAAACUCUGCGUAGUUGAAAACUAUGGGAUUGUCGUUUUCCCACAAUGGAUUGGCCCAAACUAGUGCUCUAUCGACUAACAAUGUUAUAAUAUAACCAAUCUUGCUCUAUCGGUAGGAUACGCCCUAGGAUGAAGUUCAAAGUUAAUACUUAUUUGAUUGAGGAAACCCCGACAACCCUUGGGAUCACCUCCAUAACGGAGAGGGGAUGUGGCAUGGGCAGAAGCCCCCCCUGCCGCCAUCUCCAAAUGAGGUUACUGGGGUCUAAGACCCGGGAUAUGGUCCUCUGGCUGUAGAUGUGCAGUCCGAGCUAACAAGGUCUGAACAGCUACAGCAAACUGGUCCAUACGAUGGUCCAGUUCCUCAAACCGAUUAUCAGGAACCGGGCCAUGAGGAUUAGCACCUGCAGGGUCCAUGGCCCUAGUGUAAUGUCACGAUAGUGACCCCUUCACACAGAUGGUAACCCAGAAAGGGACGUAUACCGGACCUUAGGGUGGCCGGACUUAACGUCAAAGAAUAGUCAAGAAAAAGCCGAGGGUCAAGGGAGUACGGAAAUCGGGAUAAACGAGAAAGCCAAGCCAAAAGUCGGGGAGCCAGAUAGGAGAAUAGUCAGAACGAAAGCCAAGGAUCAAAAUACCAGAAAAACAGCUAAACAGUAUAAGAGCACUAGGGGAACAAUCAAGAACCACACUAGGGCACUGAGGGGUGGACAGGGAUGCCCUUUUAUACUAAUGUGUGUGUGUCACUUUAAAGCCACGCCCCCAAAAGGUUCGGGAGCGUGGCCGCGUUUGAAUUUUCGCGGCAAAAUCAUUAUCGGAUUUUGCCGCGAGCGGGCUGCCGGGGAAACUGCCGUGCCGCGCGGGAUCGGCGGACACAGGUAAGGUAUCGUCACAGCCUUAUCAAGGGAACUAAAUAGAUUGACAUAUUUAUUAAUGUCUUUAAUAAAGGAUUCUCCGAAUAGGAGACCUUCCGCAGCUGGACCAGGUUCGUAAGUGGCUAAAUUUGACAGUUGAGGGUCAAUUUUCAUUAAAACAGACCUGCGGCGUUCGCUGGUCAGCGCUGCAUUAGCAUUCCCCAAAAAGCAUAUAAUGCGUUGGGUCCAGCCUCUCAAAGUAUCAAUGCUGGGAGGAUUCCCAGAAGCUGCCUCAUGUUCUAAAGUUUCAAACAUUUUAGCCACAUGACCAGAAAUGUCCAUUAAUUUAUCUUGACAAGAUUUUAGUGAUUUUGUUAAAAAUUGCACAAUAGUGGGAUCUAGAUCCGGGGUCUGUGCGACUUUCUUUGACAAGGUCGGUCUAGGGCAUUCAGCUCUUAGUUUAUUUCUAGCUGCUUGGUCAAGGGGUUUCCUCAACCAGUAUUCAAGAUAUUUGGCUACAUGAGCCAUAAGGACCCAUUCGGCUGACCUGGGUUGUUUAAUAUGGUCUGGGUCGAAUAAUGGUUUACCAUUAAAAUCCAAAAUAAUAUUCUCUUCAUCAGAUUUAGAGAUAAGAUCAGGUGUCUCUGAGAUAUAUGAAUAAUUUGAGGCAGAAUCAGAGACAGAUUUUUCAUCCCCUGAGAUUGAAGAUGAGUCACUAUCUGAUGAGGUUUUAUAGGAGUCAGGUUUGCUCCUGUGAAUGGACUUCCAAGCUCGUUUGUCUUCCUCACGAGUAGAGGGUCUUUUGAGUGAUUGAUUACACUCUUCAGUUUUGCAUUGUGUUCUUGUCUUGGUCCUUCCCUAUCUUAAGUGGCUUAGAGCUGCCAGGGGAUUCUGCAGGACCGUCAAAGCAAUGUUUGCAUUUCUGGGUGGCCAUCCCAGACCUCCAAAAACCUUGAGCUAGGUUCCGUUCAGACUCCACAGAUGACCAGAACUGGUCUGAAGGAGUACUAAUUAAAUGAGUCUUCCCACUGGGUUUUGAGUUGUUUAUGACUUGAGCCACAGACUUUGCAAUUGCUUCUUGCAUAGAAGACAUUGCAGUAUAAAUUUCAGAGGAAACUGACUUUUGAACGGAUAAAUCCACAAUAUUUUGUAAAGAAUCCUCAGUGAGUAUUUCACAGUCAUUAGAAACACCAGGUUUUGGUGACUCAAUUUGUUUAAUCUCUUUAGAAUUCAUAAUUUACAAAAUUGCAACAAAUAGCAAUUGUAUCUACUAUUCGAAAAUAGUUGAAUAAUAAAAAUGUUGCCAACUAUGAGGGGAAAUCCUGACAGGAAAAUCAAAUAGUUCAAGUUAUAAUAAUAAUUACCAGUAAAGAGUAACAAAUUGUGAAGAAAAACGCUGUCCUGAGGUAAAGUGGGCGGAAAGGUUAGCUGAGGACCGCAUGCAGCGGUUCGCAUAAAACUGCAGAAAUGACUGAACAGUGAAUUGACCAUUCGUAUACAAAAAACCCUCAAACGCGAGAAUAAUAAAGUAAUACGAAAAGUAAAUGGGUGCAAUUCAUGUGAAAAAAUUUACGAAUGCGAUUCAUAGAAAUAACUGACCUAACAGGUCAAAGACAAAACUACCGAACGCGGAUGAACCGCGACUCCAUUUCCAGAUAGAAUGCAUGAAAGACAGUGCACCAAAUAUAAAAAAAAUAUAUAUUUUAAAACAAUAAGAAGACAUAGAAUUACUUCAGAAAAGUAUAUAUUCGAAAGGAAUAAACACAUAUGUCAACAUAUAACCAAACUAGAAGGUAUGUAUAGAAAACAGUCAAGUCAGGUGACUGUGAUUGACAAUUGCUUUUGUUUGAUUUGUUUAUUGUGAACUGCUGAAAGGCUGUACAUUUUGACAAUAAACCUGAUUUUCAAUUGGGGUUGAAUAAUUCCGAUUAUAGCUGUAAUUGUAGAAGUUGUAGUCCAACAGCAUCAUGGCGGUACAGUUCGACAACCCUGAUAGAAAUGAUAAUAAUACGAAGCACUGGUUAUGUUUUUAUACACAAAUCUAAAAUAAAGUGCCUAUAAAGCUUAUAAAAUAGUCAGAGACAGAUUUACCUGUAGGCGGCAGCCUAUUGAGAGAUCUCUAGGAGAGGAGUAGUAGGUGCCUGCUCUACCACUUUAAAUGUGUAGCUAUGACUGUCUAAAGUCUGUCUUUUGGGUGAAGUAAUGUAAUGUUUCUUCAUGGUUUUUGUAUAACCCCACUGGAAUGGAGGAGUGGUGGGGGCCAAAAAGGCCACUUUGUUUUUUCAUUGCCUCAUUGAAUUAUAAUAUGGCUACAACAUGCCAGGCCUUGAAUUGCUCUCUCUACAGCCAAUGCAAUUAAUCUGGUGAGCAGGACAUCCAAAUACUUGUGUAAAUGUACUCCCCCCAUGUAAUGUAAGAUGGUGUACUUUCUCCCAUGAUGUCAGCUCAGAGGAGUGGAGUAGCGUGACAUAAGCCUAGGGUCAGUUCUCUCUCUUCCCCAACUCUUAUGCAUGUGAUGCACCAACGGAUUCUGAAAAUUGAUUUUUGGCAGUUGGGGAGCCACGUCCGGUUGUGGCAGAAAUGGAAUUUAGGUGUUGGAGAAAUAUUUUGUUUGGAGUUUGGUUGCUGAGAGCUUUGCAGAUGAAAACUAGGCUUUUAAUCCAUUGAAUGAGUUAGCGCUUUCGACUAGGCAACGAUUACAUAAACUCAUAUUCUUAUAUGGUGUGAACAAUUUGCCAAAACAAAUCUAUACAUAUUUUUUCCCUCAAAACUGGAAUGUCUACUUGUUUGUGUAAUAUCAGUGACCAGAUUAAUUUAGAUCAGAGAUGAAAAAUAAAAGCAAUCAAGUAUAUAAGUGAAUCUGGUCAACAGAUUCUCAAAGCAAGAUCAAAGCAUCUAGCCAAGAUCCUAGCUCAUCACCUACAACUCCAUAGUUAUUUUUGGAGUCUACACAAUACGCAGCCAGCUGUGAUAAUAUGUGAAUCAACUUUUAAACUGAUAUAUUUGAUUUGAAUAACACUUACAAUUCAUCCAAGUUAGCAUUUUUCCCUUAGUGUUUCCUUUUGAGCUUAAAUCUUGCUGGUCGGUUUUCUUGUCACCAAAAACCACUGCUUAGGUAAUAGACUAAUUAGCUACCUUAUGUAUCAAGCUACAAAAAGUACUUUUAUGGUUGCUUGAUCUAAAACUACUUGUUCGAUAGAUGUCAGAUAUGAGUCUUUAGCAGAGAGUUCUAAGCAAUAUAGCAGAGCUACUUGGCAUCGACAAGGGUAUAAUUGUGCUGAUCCUUGCACCAGACACUAAACAGACUCCACUUUGCUUGGCAUUGCUUGCUCCCUGGAGAGCACAAUGAAAAAUAUAAUUCUGCUUCCUGGAACUAAAAGUUACAUUAAAUAUGAAUUUUUUAACUACCCCUGCUUGAUAUAAUGUGACUUUUUUAAAGUAGUAACUCUUCACUGUGCUUUAUAAAAAUAUCAGCAAAAAACAUACAUCGAAGCAGUAUCUCUGCAUGGAUCUCAGGAGAAAGGUUUCUUCUAGUGGGAUGAUUAGUGCAUCACGUCUUUGUAAGACAUGUAGUAACAAUUUACUUGAGGUGAGAACCUAAUUUAUUAAAUGCCAGAACCACAGCCAUGUUGUGUUCAUUUUCUUUAUAACACGAAGGACAGACACAAGGUAAUUACAUUUGAGGGUCUUGUUUACCUUGUUUGCAAGCCAUUGGAUAGAAAUAAAAGCUUUUAUUGUUGAAAUCUAUAGGAAAAGCUUAAGAAUGGGGCAGAGAUAAUUGACAAAUGCAGCUAUAAGCAUCUGUGCCUGAAACAUGAUUGUUUUAGCAAUACGUGAUCUGAUGUACUAAAGCACAUUAUGUUUUAAGGUCCAGCUCUCUCAAGAUAAAAUGGUUAUAAUAUACAGCCUAAGCAAAGUUAUAUCAUACCAAAAACACUUCUUUUUAGUAUGUGGCGCAUCUGUUUCUCAGUUAAUUGUAUUAUUUUGGAAUAAUGAGCAUGGCAUUCACCACUAGGUCUCUGGACUGAAAUUCGAUCGAUCCGAUUAAGGAUCUGAUCUCUCUCUCUUCUGUGGAGAAAGCAGUGAUGUUAUUAAUUAUGCCAUUCAAUAAUCUAUAGAACGCUCCAGUUUCUCAAGUGUACAAGCAAGUGAUACAGAUUCCAAGAAAAAAACAAGGGGAUUAUUAAUAACGAGCCAACAAAGAAGGAGAGUUUGUAUUUGGUCUCCAUGAUGAAUGGUCCACUUUAGGAACCAUGCCAUUUGCUCUUUGGAAGUUAUACUCUUUUCUAAGUUAUCUUGCUGUGAGCAAGCGUCACAUUAAUACAGCAUCAAAGCCACAGUAUCUUAGUAGGGAUCAUUUUAUAAAAGAAAAUAAAAACCUGAAGGAUUAUUUUGUUUGUGAACACAGAUAAUUUAAUGCAAAUAUAUUUGUACAAUUAUACAGUUGGUUCCACAAUUAGAUAAGACAUAAACAUAAAAAUAUAAUACUUAUAAGAUAGGAAGAAUGUCCUUAUAGAAUUGGUGACCAUCUUACCGAGUAUAGUCCAAUAUUAAAUGUCCAAAACUGCAGAAAUAAAACACCCAAGGAUUUCCUCCCAAUGUUCCAGCUUUGACAGGGUUAAACCCACACUGAGCUAGAUUCUAAAAGAGACAGAGAAGCUUCCGAUUGCUUAGAAACACUUUUCAUGUAACCUCCACCACACACCACAAAAUGUAAUCACCUUUUAUUGGGGCAUAUAAUCUAGCCCCUAUUAUAAAUCAGAUUUUUGUGAAAUAUUGCAAAGUGUCCUGACUCUUCAAUAUCAGCUCCUGUUACCUGGAUUGAACAGAGAUACAGUUAAACGAAUAGAGCCAGCACCAACACUCUAAAUGCUGAAUCUCACCUUAAUCAGAGACCACCUGUCCCAAGAUAAAAAGCACUCAUAACAAACCACCAAAAUAUGCAAUACUUUAUGAAGCUAAAAUAAUCAUCUAGGAACGUUGGCACAGGCUUACAUUUUGCAGUGUCUGGCAAAGCAGUUGAAUAUACUCAUCCACUGAGGGUCCAUUUGUUCAUCAUGCUCCCUCUCUCACAAGCUGCGGUCCCACGUGACUAAUGUGUUUUCCAAAUAUGUUUGCAAAAGGACACAUUCUUAACAGAUAGGGCAUUUCAACAAGCUAAAGUGCUUUAGGUGUUUGGAGUGUUUAAGAAUGUAAAAAAACAAACAAAAUGCAGGUGACAAUAUCAGCAUAGGAACCCUUAUAAUCCAUGGAGGAGAAAAUCCUGUUUCUCUCUUUUGAGAGAGCAUACAUCCAACCACACAGACGUAUACAGAUAAAAAUGAAGCAGCAUCUCUAAGUAGGGAUAAUCUAAGUACCAUAAUAUCUUUAGUUUAAUGAAGAAGUAUUGGUGUAUAGAUCAUGCCCCAUGCAGUUGCACUGAUUAAUUCUUUGCCAUUUAGGAGUUAAAUAACUUUGUGUAUAUAGCCCAAUCCACAUUUCCCCUGACUAACAUUGACCGGUUUGACUUGUGUUGCCCUUUGUCUUCACUACUUCCAACAGUGAAUUUAAAAUUCUUUGUCUGAGCUAAGCCCUGCAGUACAGGUCUUAGCUCAUUGGCCAAAAGUAAAGGUAAACAGUAAAACCAUUUUAAAACCAGGGCACUCCUGGCAUCAUAAGCACUACAGCAUAGUGGUUAUGGUGCUUGAAGUGUUCCUUUAAGGGUUAAAAGAUAAAUCACAACUUGCUUAAUUGUCUUUGGGGAAUGUUUUAGGCUUAACCAAUUGACAGCAAAAACAUAUCUAGAUUACAUUUGUAUAGUAGAAACUAACAAAUUUUUUUCUUGACUAAUGUUCAAUAAUUUUCACAUAGCAUGUUUACAAAAUAACUACAACAUGGGACAGCAAGCCAGUGAUGCAUUAUCCAGUGACAAUUACAUUCGUACCACAUGCAGAGGGGCUCAUAAUGGAAGUUACUUCUCUUUUCUUCAAUGACCCUUCAGCUCCACCUGGUGAGCCUGGGCAACCCUUUGAUGGACUCUGGGACUAUGAAGGUGAGAGGGUGUAAUAACCAAUUUAUUUUUCAAAUAUCGUUACUCCAUCCAUUGUUUAUGUUUUAUUUAGAUUGUUUUGUAUUCAUUAUCUCCAUGAAUGCUUCAGGUAUGCUUUUCAAAUUUAUGUGAAAUAUGUCCUUUGGCUUGUAAUAUGUGGUUUGGUGUAUGUUUGUUAAAAACAAAAACAACGUAAUUAUCUGGAGAAGUAAAUUGAUAGGUGGUGGAUUUCACCCAUGAGCUUGCAUUUAUGGGUGGCAAAAUUCAAUACUUCUAACAAAUAAUCAUAUGAAAGUCAUUUUUUUUCCCAUUUAAGGUUUUAAUUGAGUAUUUUUGUCAACAUUUCAGGUGGGGAGGGAUAGGGUACAGAAAGGAAAAAAGGGGGAAGGGGUUAGGAAACAUACAGCUUUUGCAUUGCCAUUCCAGUACAGUAAGGGCAAGUCGGUUUGUAGCCGGCAGGUACAAUACAUUUCAUUACAUCACAAUUUAUUGCAUAGGAAUACGGUUGUCUCUUAGACAUUGGCUUAUUCUAGUCUGGUGUACACAAUGGACUCAUAGUUGACUCCUGACUGGCCUGUGGUAAUUAGCAUUGGUCCCUGUUAGGUGGUGUUCCUGGGACCUGUAGUGCCCGCUCUCCAAGAGCCCCAGGGCCCCCAAGCCUCUGUUGCCGUUUUUGUCAUGGGGAAGACACUACGCUAACACAUUUCAUAUAUUUUUGGGGUGUCUACCUCUGCACACACUUCUGUGAGGCGUGCUAUUGCCCUCUGUGCUGUCAGAAGGAUGUGGAAGGCUACCUUCUGUGUCGCUGCCAGUAUGCCAGGAGGCGUGUGCAGCAGGAGGCAUGUCAAUGGUGUCAGGGCAAACUGUGUGUGGGUAAUGUCCUGUAUUAGUUUAUUUAUUGCUUCCCAGAACCCAUAUAUGAGAGUGCAGUUCCACCACACAUGUAGCACUGUGCCCGCCUGCUUCCCACAUCUCCAACAUGUCGGAUAUUAUUCCGGAUAUAUCUUUUGCACUUUCGUGGGGACCAUAUACCAUCUAUACACUGUUUUUCUAUGUUGCUUUAGCAAUGUUUCUGAUUUAAUUACUCUUUUGGGUGCCGCUACUAUGGCUUUACAUUGCUCUCUUGUGAUAGUGCACUGUGUAUCCUGGGCCCACUGUGCUGCCUGUCUAGAAUUUGCAAAGUGUGUGGAGGACUGGAGGAUUAGAUAAAUCCAGGAUAACGGUCUGCAUCCCUUUUGCAACGAGCCUCUGACCGCCAUCUGUUCCCAUCCUGUCAUCCCGACAUCAAAGUCAGUCCCCUCAAGGGGUGUGGGGGGCUGGUUAUCCAGUUUAGUCAUGAAGGAGCUCAGCUGUAUGUAUGAGAAUUGUGAGGCUUUUGGUAUGGGGUGUUCCUCUUGCAUGUCUUGGAAUAAUCUUAACUUGUGGCGUGUGGUCAUUUGGGAGAGACGUGUGACCCUUAUCUAUCCACGAUUUGGCGUUGAAUGUUGGUAUGCAAUAUCUUAUAUGAAAGUAAUUUAUGGGGUUUCAUUCUCUUGAACAUAUCUACACUGGGGAGGGCUGGCAAUGUUUGGCCUGUGGAGCAAGUACAAUUGAUGGUCUUUAUGGCACAUGAAACUCACAGGUUUCAAUGUGGAUGGUCAUACAGGAGGGGGGCAUCAAGCAUAUGGGUAUGACAGGUGGAAGCUGGUUGCAAAAUGUGCAGUCAUGUAUCCCUGCAAACUCCUAAGAGACAUAAACUGUUUCCCACAGACUAAAUUGUUAACGUUGAGAAACAGUGUUUGCUACAAAUGUCAUAUCAGCCUGCUGUCUUUGGCAAGCACCUCCAGACACAUCUUCCAUACUGAUUGUAGAAUAGUAGACUGGUCAACUUCAGAUCGCUCAGUCCACCCUUAAUAUCCAAGUGGGUCAAUGGGCAGCCAGAAGGACUUGCAUUGAGAAAGGGGAGAACCUGUAAAGGUUUGUACUUAUUGUUCUUCAAUAAACUAGUAUGUAGCAGUUGGUGUGCACAUUUGCAAUUGAUAGCUCUGCCCUCUUUAUAAGUUUUGCUUUUGGCCAAUGGACGGCAUUAGGAACACAGGUCAAGCAGAAACAACAAAGGCUCUGCCCAAUUCAUGCCAGAACUAUGCAAACAUACAUCCUAAAAACAUCUCCCACCAUUUUAAUUAACAGACAAAUAAUUUCAGAUAUCAACUUUCCUUACACAAAAAAAAUAUGUUAACUGUAGUCUAGUGAAAAGAUCAAAACAAUCGUAGGCAUCAUAACAUUUUCUUUUUUUAAUGUUUUUACAUUUCAUGUAUUUAUUAAAGUUGCUUUGGAAGGGUCCUUAUUACUUGACUCGAUAGCAAUAUUGCAUUUAUGCAAAUUGAAAAAUAUCUGCCAGAUUUCCAUAGACCUGCCAAAUUCAGCAAUUUUAAAAAACGCCCCAUGGAGAGUAGACUUAAACAUCCAGCUCAUUAGAUUUGAACUGCAGUUGUUUCUGCCGUAUUCCUGCUGAGUACCUGUGACUUCUCUUGAUGAGUCGACAAUUUUAUUGGAUGUUUAUUUUGACCCACUACAGCAUCGUUGUUUUAUAAAUAUUUACCAUUUCCUGCUUAGCCUGUGGUUCUCCUGAAAGAGUAAAAUGAAAAACAUAGGGAUUCUGUUAUUAAAAAAGAAAAUAAUCAUUUAUUGAGAUCAAUACGAGAAGUAUGUAUUUUCAUUAUGAUUAUUGGAAUUUAAUAAAUACCGAGAAAUUUCUCUUUUGUUUUGUCACUACCUUUUCAUUAAUGUAUAGUCCCAUAAAAAAAUAAAUAGAAAAAUCACUGUGUGCGUUAUAGUGCUUAGUGUUAGAUCACCAUUAGUUCUGCAUACACUGGCAAAUGAACCUGUUGGUAGUCAGUACACGCACUCCCAGCUCUGUAUUGGAUAAAAGGUAUCAUUUCUGGUUUAGAUUGAUCUUUCUUAAUGCAGUAUAAUCUUUGAUCUCGUUUUGUAGAUUGUAUGAAUUCUACAUUAGGAAAUAACACAUGCUGUGUUCAGGAAUAAGCUGACUUAGGGUUAUUUAAAGCAGGCUUACAUUUCAAUACAUUAUUUUAUAUCUAUUAGGCAUGCUGAGUAUAUACUGAUUUAAGACCAUCACUAGGGCAUAUAAAGAUCUCUCAAAUAUUACUGAUGGAAAGUUCUGACAGUGAAAGAUGAGAUCGUUAAUAAUACGCAUGACCUAACGUGUCACUAUCGCUGCGCGGAUCACAAGCACACAGCUGCUCAGAGACAAAGUGCAGCAUUUUCUUCACAAACUUGAACAAUAUCUUUUUAAGUUCAAUGGAGAGGAGAUUGCAACAAUUCUAGACCUAGGUUCUAUUAGCUAAACGCUGAAUAGCAGUAAAUCAAAAAACUACAUUUUCAAAAAAUUAGUUAACUAGAGAAAACAUGUCGACGUGACAAUACAUUAUGUAUUAGUCUAAUGUGGAUAACAUUUCAUAAAAUAAUAAGUUUUUCUUUGUUCAACACUACACUGAAAACAAGUAUCUUGUUCAAGUUCAUUCGUCCUCCCAAAAAGGAUUUUAACUUCCACCUUUCUACAUUGUGUGUUUUUGAGCAAACCAAUAAACUCUAACUGUUCGUUGCUGUAACGUUAUUUUAUUUUAUUGCUUGCAGUGGUUGAAUCUUUUUUUCUGAACAGCAAGACCACUCAAUAUCUGGAAGUUGAGCUUUGCCCGUAAGUACAUUCCUGCCUUUGUGUGAAAUCAUUUUUAAGUGAUGAAAAUAGUGACUUACGCCCGGCAGCACUGAACUGUGAAUGCUGUAGACAUUUAGCAAUGGGACAGGUACAACAUUGACUGUAAAUGUACAGAGUUUCUAUAAACUGUUAAGCUUUGACAGCCCUGACCCUUUGUCAAUGUAAGACAGAAAAAAAUGGCUCUAUUUUACACUGUCAGUGAAACUCAGCCAAGAGGGAAGCAUUUCGGAUUAAGACAUGUUUUAGUUGGCUGAUGUACAAGCGUGCGUGAAGUCUUUAAAUCUUGCUACUGUGAAAGACUCUGAAUGACAUAUACACACUUCUUUAUCCGAGCGCUGCAAUGUCUUUGCCAACCAACCGUUGUAAAUUUUGAUGUUUUAGGGAACGAGAUAGUGGUUUUGAGUAAGAUGAAGACAUACAAUCCCCAGCGUGUGAUUCCCAUUUUACAAUUUUCCUUUUAAUACCUCUUCUAAUGUAAUGCUUUUGGUGACUGUGCAUUAUCUUCCUGCUUCCUCUUCUUUUUGAUAUCAUUGACUGGUUCUUUGCUUUUUUAAAAAUUUAUAUUCACUGAGGGCAGCAGAAUAAAUGUAUUUGGAGGCAACAAAUUCUAUGUCCUUUCCUUCAUUUGCAAUAUAAACAAUAAUAAUAAUAAUAGUGUUAACAAGACUUGCGCACAAAUCCCAAUUGCCAAAUGGCUGUCAAUCUAUGGGCGAGCAAAUAGAUUUGUUUGGGGUUGCCUCUCUAAUCAAUUCGUUUGUCCAUAGAUUGAUAGAUAUUUGAUUAAUGAAGCUGAAAGGGAUUUGUGCACAAGUCUCGUAACAACCAGGGCACCAAAUCAGAUUUAUGUAUUAUGGUGAUUUUAUUGAAUUUAAAAGUUGUAUUGGGUUUUCAGCACCUCAAGUCAUUGUUGGUUUAGAUGGGUUAUAUCUGAGCAUCAGCACUAACAGUAUAUUAGAAGUGAUAUUUUAGGUUGCUCAAUAACUUGUCUUCUCGUACAUUAGUAUUUCAGAAUUUGUUGGGGGUCAUUGUCGUUUCAGGUGAAUUUGAUAAUCAUCAGCAACAUAUGAGCCCAUCAAGAAUGAAAUUGGGAAACAAGAUAACCUUCAAGAACCUCCUCACAGAAAUGUUGAUUGUCCUUGGUCAGACAGAUUAUUUGAUGUGGAUUGAUAUAGUUAUUUGGUCAGGAUCCUGUGGAGUCUCAUAACAUGGGUUAUUGGGUCAAAUCUUGCCUGUACAAACUACGCAAGCAUAGUUGGAAAAGCAUUUCUAAAAGAUGUAAAAUCUCUCAGUACGGGUUAGUUUUCAUGCCGAAAACAAACUGUUACAAAAAAUGCUAGGAGUGAGCCAAGUGUGUUUUAGGUCACGCAUCUGCUAGAUGAACCAUCACAUAUCUCUGUUUUAUGGAGUGCCAAACUAUAAAGCAUUGACUUUCUCACAGUUUUCACAUGGAGUGACAGAAAAUAAGUUAUUACCUGUAUUAUACCUGAUAGACAUUUUUUUUUUAUAACCGGGAAUUUUGCAGAUCUUUACCCUAAAUUAAAGGUACCUUAAGAAAACUAAUCUCAUUGUGUUAGGGAAGAACAAUAUAUCAGUUUAAAACAGUGUUAUGAAAAAAGAAAUCAGAGUGAAAUGCAGCAGUUAGGUUUUUCUCUAAUCUGUGAUUGAAAAAUAUACCAACUUCUAAGCUCACAAAAUCCAAUAGUUUUUUUGGGGGAUAAUAAUAAUAAUCAGUAUUGCGUUACAGUAUAUGAUCAUACAUUAUAUAAACCUGCAACAACAUCAAUGUACCCCAUUAUUGGCAGGUCCUAUUCUAGCAACCUAAUGCCUGAUUUUAUGAGAAUAAUCCACUUACUUGGGAAAUCCAUCCUCCUGGGGCCUUUGCAACGCAUGUAUGUUGUAUAAAUUUCCCCCAGAAGCACCCUUAUAAUCUCAUAAGAACAGACAUUAGGUUGUUAGAAUAGGAUCUACCAAAAUAAUAUACAUUGGCAUAGUCAGGGGCGUAUUAGCCGCGAGGCAAACAAGGCAUUUGCCUUGGGCGGCAUUUUUCAGGGGGCGGCGCCCCGCAAAUGCCCAAGGCAAAUGUCUUGUUAGCCUCGCGGCUAACAGACAUUCUGGGCGCUGGGCGGGCGGCCGGCGAGGGAGCUCUUCCCCUGAACGCUCUGCUCAGCUCCCUCGCGCGCCGCCAGCAGAGUGAAGCUGGGAGCCGGGUUGAUGAGCAGAGCGCUCAGGGGAAGAGCUCCCUCGCCGGCCGGCCGCCCGCCCGCCCGCCCUGCAGCCACUGGACCCCAGGGAGAGGAAGAACCCCCCCCAGCAUUACCAAAGGUAAGGAGGCUGGGGGGGGUUAAAUAAAAAAAUAAAAUAAAAAACACUAGUGAGUGUGUGUAUGUCUGCUAGUGUGUGUGUGGAUGUCUGUUAGUGUGUAUGUUAGUGUGUGUGUGUGUGUGUUAGUGUGUGUAUGUUAGUGUGUCUGUUAGUGUGUGUAUGUUAGUGUGUGUAUGUCUGCUAGUGUGUGUGUGGAUGUCUGUUAGUGUGUAUGUUAGUGUGUGUGUGUGUGUGUGUUAGUGUGUGUCUGUUAGUGUGUAUGUUAGUGUUAGUGUGUUUAUGUUAGUGUUAGUGUGUGUGUCUGUUAGUGUUAGUGUGUAUGUUAAUGUUAGUGUAUGUAUGUUAGUGUUAGUGUGUUGGUGUCUGUUAGUUUGGAUGUCUGUUAGUGUGGAUGUCUGUUAGUGUGUGUGUUUGCCUGUUAGUGUGUGUGUUUGCCUGUUAGUGUGUGUGUGUUUGCCUGUGAGUGUCUGUUAGUGAGUGUGUGUUUCUGUUAGCUAGUGAAUGCGUAUCUGUCAGUGAAUGUGUGUGUGUGUAUUUAGAAGGCGGAGCAGGGGGGAAGGUUGGGUGGCGGUUGCGCGGGUGGGGGUGGCACGGGGGGGUGCCUGAGUUUUGUCCUGCCUAGGGCAGCACAAAACCAGGAUACACCACUGGGCAUAGUGGUAGGCUUAUGCAAUGUUUGAUCAUAUACUGUAACUAAAUCCAAAUUUUUUGCCCAAGUAAGGUGCUUUUAAAAACAGUGUUAUAUUUUGUGAGCUUAGAAGUUGGUGUUGAGGGAGUGCGUUGGAUCUUGCAUGUUACACACAUACAUUCAUACUUAUAUAUCAACACUGAUCAGCCACAGCAUUAAAACCACUUGCCUAACAUUGUGUAGGCCCCCCUUGUGCUGUCAAAACAGCUCUGAUGCAUCAAGACAUGUCACAAGAACUAUGAACAUGUCCUGUUUCAUCUGGCACCAAGACAUUAGCAGCAGAUUCUUUAAGUCUUGCAAGUUGCGAGGCGUUACCUCCAUGGAUUAGAUUUGUUGUUCUAGCACAGUGAUGGCAAACAUUUUGAGUCUAAGUGCCCAAACUGCAAUACAAACCAACUUUUUUUCCUCAAAGUACAAACAAGGCACUGUGAUUGUGAGGGGUGCAGUGUGUGUGAUUGUGAGAUGUGCAGUGUGUGUGUGGUUGUGACGGGGGUGCAGUGUGUAUGAUUGUGAGGGGGGUCAGUGUGUGUGGUUGUGAGGGGUGCAGUGUGUGUAGUGUGAGAGAGACUUUGAAGUUUAGGAUUGGGGCUGAGUGUUGCAGGGUCUGAGAGGGGAGCAUCUUUUUAAUUUUAUUAUUAUAUAUAUUUUUUUUAUAUUUUAAUUUAAUAUUUUUUUUAGUGUUUCACCCCUCCCUGUUUCUUACCUGCUUCCGGGGCAGCUUUUUCCCUGGUGGCACUGUAUUCCCUGGUGGUCCAGUGGCACUCUAGGUAGGGGGUCUCAAUCUUCACCUCUGCAGCUCCGUCAGGUGAAUGCACUUCCCGCGAGUCCUGGCACCACAUGGAAUCGAGCACUGCCGUGGUAACAACGGCAACACUCUGAAAGACGCAACUCGGCAGCAGGCGUAGAGGAGAAGGCUGAGAGGCUCUUUCCCCCUUCCUGCUGCACAGCUCUGCAGAGACCCUCACCGGGUCUGUGUGUAUGUAAGGGGCCUGAGCUUACUGGGCACCUUACAAGUGAAAUAGUUUGGUGGCAUAUUGCCACAUUGCCCCUCCUGGAUCCGCUACUGCAUCCCACCCACCAACGAUAUGAAAGCAGAGUAGGCACCUGCCGUUUUGGGCAGGCAGGUGCCUACUUUGCAUUGCCGCCGGGGGGGCCUAAGGCUGCCGGCUGAUGCCAGCGGCGCCCCCCAAGCCGCGUGCCAGCUAUGGCAUAGAGAGGGCUCGGCAUGCCAGCUAUGGCACGCGUGCCAUUGGUUCACCAUUGCUUUCUAGCACAUUCCCCAGAUGCUCAAUCGAAUUGAGAUCUGGGGAACUUUGAGGCCAAGUUCAAGAAAAUUUAACUCUUUGUUAUGUUCCUCAAACAAUUCCUAAAUUUUUUUUGCAGUGUGGCAGGGUGCAUUAACAUUCUGAAACAGGCUACUGCCACCAAGGAACAUGAUUAAAAUGAAGGGGUGUAAGUGGUCUGUGUAGCAGAGCCCUGGUCCUGCCCAGGACUUUCCUCCGCUGGAUCACCAAGUAAUUUGGGAGACAAACAAGGGGCUACAGAUAACCGAACACAAGGGAAUAGAGUCUGUUACAGUCUGAAACAAUCUCUAGGUAGGUGGUAUAUGUAAAAAUAACAUCCACAUGAAUGUAAGGAUCCAAGGUUUCCCAGCAGAACCUUGCCCAGAUCAUAACACUGCUUCUUCCUGCUUGCCUUCUUCCCAUAGUUCAUACUGCUGCCAUCUCUUCCACAGGUAAAUGAUGAGCACACAUCUGGCCAGUCCCAUUAUUUAAAAGAAACUUGAUUCAACAGACGAAGCAACCUCUUCCAUUGAUCCAUGGUCCAGGUCUGAUGCUUAUGUCUCCAUUGACAUGGGUCAUCACGAGCUCUCAGAUUGUCUGCAGCCUGUGCAUCAAUGAGCAUUGGGCGCCCAUGACUCUAACACUGGUUCACCGAUUAUGCUAUCUUGCACCACUUUUGGUGGGUUCUAACCACUGCUUACUGGGAACACCACACAAGAGUUGCCAUUUGAAGAUGCUCUUACCCAGUCGUUUAGCCAUCAUUAUUUGGCCUUUGUCAAAGUAAUUCAAAUCUUUUUGCUUACCCAUUUUUCUGCUUCAAGUACUAACUAUUCACUUGCUGCCCAAUAUAGCCAAACCCUUGGCAGGAACCAUUGUAAUGAUAUAAUCAAUGUUAUUCACAUCACCUGUCAAUGGUUUUAAUGUUGUGGCUUAUCAGUAUAUAUAUAUAUAUAUAUAUAUAUAUAUAUAUAUAUAUAUAUACAUAUACAUAUACAUAUAUAUAAUUCAUAUAUAUACAUAUAUAUAUCUAUAUGUGUGUGUGUGUGUAUACUAUUAGAGUCUUAUGAUAGAAUACUAUUAAGAAGAUAAGCAUGAAUUCUUUAUAAAACAUGGUCUUGACAAGUGUGCAGAAAACCUAACAUUUAAAGUAAGGAUAUGUGUGAUCCAAUGUCUCAUCACAUACAAACAAUUCACACACACAUAUAUAUAAAUUGUUUGUAUGUGAGACAUUGCAUCACACCAUAUCUUUGCUUUCAGAUUUAGCUUUUCAGCACACUUGUCAAGACCGUGGGUUACAAAGGGUUCAUGCUUAUCUCUCUAAGUGCCAGUUUUAAUAGUAUUCUAUCAUAAGCCUCUAGUCUUUUUAGAUCAUACGCAGGGCAUUCCGUGGAAUUGUUUCUUUAGCGUUCAGACUAUGAAGAUGGCAUAAAAUAUCAGUGGUUUUUAAUAUACUCAUCCGGCAUUGUUGAAACAAUUAUAUAUAUUAAAAAUUUCCCAUUUUUUAACAGAUUUCAUCUGAAUAACCGGUUGCUUGCUGUCAUUUCCUAGCGCUGUCUUUACAUCAGUUUUCUAGUGCACGUAUGUCACAAUAUGAAGUGUUAAAAGGCUAGCUUAUGUUCAUUUAUUUAGAAGCAGCCGCUGGCAAAUCUUCCGGCUGAUAUGCAUAAGAAAAAUCAAAGCAUAAAAAAUAUGCUCUCUGGAGCAUUAGCUAAAUGUGUUUGGCAAUCUGUCACUGACCAGUUAGCACCAAAAAUACAAAUACAGUAUUGUCAUAUGCAUCAAAGGAAGUGUAAAGAUUCUCCCUCCUUUCAGGGUUCUCACCACUAACAGUUUUAUCUCUUUCUGGGAGAACUGGAUAUGUUUGAACUUUUCACUCUGAAAUAGGCUACUCCUGUCCUCCGUCAAAGUUAUUUUUUUAAAAGGACCGGUAUAGGUGGCAAGAGAGGAAGAUGUGCAGGGCAAUUUACAUGUGUUUCUCUACAUUUAUGUUCCUCUGUCAGGGUAAUUCACUAAAUAUGUAGGAAAUUCAAUGCGAAUGUCUAACGCAAUGCCAAAAUAGCCAAAUAUUCUUCCAGUCCAGUGAAUAUGUCCUUAAAUUGGAAAUUUGCUUUGAAUUCAUAGUUACAUAGUUUCACAGGCUGAAAAGAGACAUGCAUCCAUCAAGCUCAGCCUUCCUCAAAUCAGUUUUUUGCUGUUGAUCCAAAAGAAGACAAAAAACAAACAAACAGUUUAAAGCACUUCCAAUUUUUCAACAAACUAAGGAAAAAAAAUCAUUCUUGACCCCAGAAUGGAAGUCAGAUUUAUCUCUGGAUCAAGAAGCUAUCAGUCUACAGUUUAAAAAUUAUAUUCUUGAAUAUUCUGUUUUUGCAAGUAUGCAUCUAGUUGCUGUUUAAACAUCUGUACAGACUCUGAUAAAACCACUUCUUCAGGUAGGGAAUUCCACAUCCUUAUUGUUUUUAUGGUAAGGAAAACCUUUCCUUUGACUUAGACUAAAUCUUUUUUCUUCCAGUCUAAACGCAUGACCUUGUGUCCUAUGUAUAGACCUGUUUGUGAAUAAAUUUACACACAAUGGUUUUUAUUUACCUCGGCUGUUUGGAUAAUGUUAUCAUAUGUCCUCUGAGGCAAAGUUUUUCUAAACUAAAGAGGUUUAAAUUUGUUAAACAUGCAUUCCUGACACUAUAUAGUUAAAACCACCAUAUAGCCACCCUGGUCCCCUCAUGCCUCCCUAAAUAUAGUAAAAUCUUACUUGUAUUCGAGCCUGAAGCUGCUUGCGUUGUCCCUGUUUCCUUUAGACCUGCCCACUGCCUGCAGACAUCAUCAGAAGUGGUAGCCUGAUCCAAUCACAAUGCUUCCCCAUAGGAUUGUCUGAGACUGACAAAGAGGCAGAUCAGGGGCAGAGCCAGCACAAGUCAAACACAGCCCUGGCCAAUCAGCAUCUCUUUAUAGAGAUGAAUUGAAUCAAUGAAUCUCUAUGAGGAAAGUUCAGUGUCUGCAUGCAGAGGGAUGAGACACUGAAUGUUUGGAUGCAUUUUAGGCAGCCAUGACCCAGGAAGGAUCUCUAACAGACAUCCAAGGAGUGGCCAGUGAAGUUAUCACUAGGAUGUACUAUAAACACUGCAUUUUCUCUGAAACAAGCAGUGUUUACAGCAAAAAGCCUGGAGGUAAUGAUUCUACUCACCAGAACAAAUCCAAUAAGCUGUAGUUGUUCUGGUGUCUAUAGUGUCCCUUUAACCUUUCUUCAUAACUAAAAAUGUUCCAUUCAUUUUAUUAAUCUUGUAGCCCGCCUCUGCACUCUUUUCAGUGCCAUAAUAUGCUUUUUUUGGAACAGGUGCCCAAAAUCCACAGCAUAUUCAAGCUGUGGUCUUACCAUCAAUUUAUAAAGAGGAAAAAUGAUGAAUUAAUGUUGUUUUUUUUAUACAUGACAAUACAUUACUAGCCUUAGCCAUUGCUGAUUGACAUUGCACAUGGUUGCCUAGUUUGUUCUCUAUAAUAAUCCCCAAGACUUUUUCUUGUGUUGUUAUCCCUAAUUCACUUCCAUUAAAGGUAUACAUUGCUUGUGCAUUCUUUAUGCUGAAGUGCAUUACUUUGCAUUUUUCUACAUUAAAUUUCAUCUGCCAUUUGAGUGCUCCGUCCCCCAGUCUAUCCAAAUCCCUUUGCUCACAUUGUAUUACUUUACAGAGUUUUGUGUCGUCUGCAAACACCAAAACACAACUGUCAAUGCUUUUUUCAGGAUCAUUUAUAAACAUGUGAAAUAGAAGGGGUACCAGCACCUAGAAAUUUUUUCCAUAUGCUAUUUUUCUAAUAUUAUAUAUGGUGACUAUUCAUUAAAAGACUGUGUGUGAGUAAUGACUGUGUUUUGUGUAAGUGUGGGUAGUUGUAAGUGUUGGAUUUGUCUGCAUGUGAUGUAUGAGACCAUGUGUGAGUUUUUAUGAGUAAUCUGUGAGGCAGUGUGAGUAUAUGUAAGUGAUAUGUUUGGGUAGCUAUGAGUGAUGUGUGUGGUAGUGUGUAAAGUGUAUUGUAGCUGUGAGAGCUAUGCUGCAGAUGAAUGUGUUGUGAGAGAUGCUGGGAAGGCAGUGAGGAAUAUGAGGAAAGAAGGGAUGCGCAGAAGUGAUAGGAGGGGUCAUAGGCGUGCGCACGGGGUGUGCCGGGUGUGCCUAGGCACACCUUAAUCCCCGCGGCACGCGCUAUGUGCCUCCCUCCAUGGGCCGGUGAGGGAGAUCAGGAGAGGACCCGGGAAGCUCUUGCCAGCAGCUCCACCGGGUUCCUCUCGCACACUCGGAGCGUUGCCGCUCGUGAGAAUGAACUCUAGCCCCACAGGGAGCUAGAGUUCACUAUCCACUGGACCACCAGGGAAGGCAGGAGUACGGUCCAUCCUCCGUACAUAAGGUAAGAAGGGAGGGGGGAUAUUAACUAAAUGGCCCCCACACAUUACACACAAACAUACAGCACACACACAUACAUCACCCUUACACACACAGCACACACACUAACAGCACCCUUACACACACAGCACCCUCACACAUACACACACAGCACACACUAACAGCACCCUUACACACACAGCACCCUUACACACACAGCACCCUUACACAUACACACACUAACAGCACCCUUACACACAGCAUCCUCACAUACACAGCACCCUUACACACACAGAGCACACACUAACAACACCCUUACACUAACACCUUGACACAUGCACACACUAACAGCACCCUUACACACAGCACCCUUACACACACACAGCACACACUAACAGCACCCUUACACACACAGCACCCUUACACACACACACUAACAUCACCCUCACACACACAGCACCCUUACACACACAGCACCCUCACCCAUACACACAAAGCACACACUAACAGCACCCUUACACACACAGCACCCUCACACACACACACACACACACACACUAACAGCACCCUUACACAUACAUACACACAGCACACACUAACAGCACCCUUACACACACAGCAGCUUCACACACACACAGCGCCUUCACACACACAGCACGCCCACACACACAGCGCCUUCACACACAGCACCUACACACACACACACACACACAGCACCUACACACAGCACCCUCACACACACAGCAGUGUGUGUGUGUGUGUGUGUGUACGUGUAUAUAUAUUUAUAUAUAAAUAUAUAUAUACGCGGCGUGUGUGUUUCUGCUUUACGGUGCACACCCUUAUACAAUAGGCUUUCGAAUGGGAGGGGUAUGGAAUGGUUGGUUGGGAGUCAAUGGAGGUUACAGAGAAGAAGGGAUGAGUUGGAGUGAUAGGGUGAGGAGGGAGGGAUGGUUAGAGUCAUCCAAGGAUGGGGAAAGAGAGCGAUAUGUGUUGAAGUGAUACAAGUAUGGGAAAAAGGGAGGGAUGGCUAGAAGUGGUGGUAGAGAUGGUUGGGAGAGAUUGGAGGAUGAGGUGAGAGAAAGGGAUAUACACAGAAUUGACAUUAGUUAGUCCUCUUGCAACUUACCUGAAUAUCUCUGUAUGUGCAGCAUUUCACUACAGUGUGCUGCAGUGGUUAUGGUACUUGGAAUAAUCCCUUAAUGCUUAUCAUGUUUUUGACAAUGACAACCAGGGUAUUUUGUAGAGGGAAUUUUAUUUUUUCAUAUCUUUUCAUUAAUUUAUAAAUUAUUCUCACUCACUUCUAAAGGUUUAGCUGCCAAUAUUUUGUGUAAAAUGUUAAAUUAUGACUUGCUUUCACCAUCUUAUAUAAUAUACUCCCUAAAUGAUCACUGUAAGCAUGGCAACAACAUUGCAUUUAUUUGUGAUACAGACAGUAUAUAAUUGCAGUUAUUUGUUAGAAUCAAUGGAGCUAUAAGACAGUCCCCCAAGCUGUCAAUAAGCUGCCAAUCAGCUGGAAUUCUGCCCUGCUCAUAUCACUUUAGUUGUGUGUGGGGUUUGGUGCACAGAGAACUUCAUGAGAUCUCUAUCUGCUGUCCAGAAAGUGAUGUGCUGUGGCUGUGCAUGAGCCAAUGCAUACUUCAACAAGUGGUCUGAGCUUGGUUAUUCUGUUUGGGGGCCACCAUAACUACAAAUUGCAUGCAUGGGUUCAGAGUUUAACAUUAUGACGUCUUUAUUGUGCUUUGUAAUGGACUUGUGCAUAUUGAUGAGAUAUAGAGAUUUGUCAUUGUUUUGGGAAAUUUUACUCUGGAGGCUGCAUUGUAAUCAUUGCUAUCUUGCAGUGCAAUUUUUUCUAAAAUAAUCCUAAUUUUAUGAGACCUCUGGUCAGCUGAACAAUUAGUAUUAAUACAAUAAACAGUGCUUAGUUUUUUUUAUUUAAUUUUUUUUUAUUUAUGCACUCUCUAACCUCCUCCUCACCUCGCUGAUUAUGUGUGACGGUACCAGAGGAAUAUUUAAAUGGGAACUUUUCUAUAAUCACGGCAAGUUCAAUCGCUCUGUAAUCCUUUUGUGUUAUAAUAAGGUAUCGGCAUUCUUGCAAGUUGAUCUAUUUUAAUAGCAGCUACAAACGUAUUUCAAUCUGUUUGGAAAAUCACACUUGUACCUUUCCCUUCAUUCUAGGCAUGGGCAGCAUCUGGUGUUGUUACUCUGUGGAGUUGGAAAUGCCUUUAAA